AUGUCUGAAAAUAUUGCUGAAAUCACACUUGACAUCGAUUUCGAAUUGGUGGAAGAUGACACCGAAAUUCCACAUUAUCAAGAUGAUCGAUUUGAAAAAGUAUCACUUGAUAUAAAACUACCAAAUAUUGGAGAAGGUUUCGAAAUUAUAGAAUCGGAUAGUGACACUGGAACUGUGAUAGAAAAUGGCGAUGUAAAAAAUGAUGUAAAUGUUGAACUAGUAUUUCGGAAACCGACUCAAUUUCAAUAUAAUCUUGUAUAUACAAUUGCUGAUUAUCCUGAACCAGAAGAAGGAAAAAAUAUAAUUGAUGAAGAUAACUCAAUUGAAAAACCAACUGAAAAUGCGACUACAAAUGUUGAUCUCUAUUUCCGGAAACCAACACAUACAAUGUUUGAACUUGUUUAUCGAUUGAUGGAUUGGAAUAAUAUUGACUCAGAUGUUGAGAUUGUUGAAGAUGAAUCAAUCAAAAAUGAUGAUAUAAGUUAUCCAACUUCGCCAGAAAUGGAAAAUUAUAAAAAGAUUGAAACUCCAAGUGAUUUAUCACCAGAAACUCCAUCGAUUGAGAACAUUUUUGAAUCUUGUGAAGAAAAAGAAAAAACACCAUCCCCAACUCGUGAAAAUUUUAUGAAUGAAGAAGGUAAGCUGACACAAAAUAAGAUAUUAUGAUUUUUUGAUUUACCAACCAAUUUAUACAUCAAUUGUUUAUUUUAGAAAAGUUCCAUAUCGAUUUAACCGAUUAUCAUUUUUUUUUUCAAAAAAUGAAUUCAGUUUUUCAUCACAUAAAACAAUUCAACUUUUCAGAAAAAACCAAACAACACAACGUUCUGAGCACUCAUGAUGCAGAAGGUAAAUCAAUUUUUUUCGGCACGAAUGAAAUUUCGAAUUUUUUAGAACCAAGCAAGGAUGAAAAAAUCGAAAAUAAAGAUGAUCAUAAUGAAAUAUCAGGUGAGCAAACAUGAAAAACGACAGCUGUUGUGAAUUCGAAAAUAAAAAAUUGACUUUUUUAAAUUUGAAAUCUUAAUUUAAAUAAUGGGAAAUAUUAGUGAAAAAUUGAAAAAGAAGAUCUUUUUGAUAAUUAAAAUUCCUAUUUCAGAUCGAUUAGAAACUUCGAAAAACAUUGAACCGGAAGCUGAACAACACACGUCGGAACCAACAACAACAACAACAACAGAAAAUAUUGAUGAAGCUGAAGUUUCAAAGGAUUCUGAGAACGUAAACAAGGAUUCGGAUAACAGAAUUGUUGAGGGAAUAUUCACAGCUCCAGAAGAUAUUGCUGAUUCAAUUAUCAAAGGUAUUACUGAUCUUUUGCCUUUGGAAGAAUCUGACAAAAUCUCUGAACCAAUCAAAAAUGAAGAUGUUCAAGAAACUUUCGAAAAUAUCGAUGUUAUUCCAACAACCACAACACCUCACACAACGGAUGAAACUGAAUCACCAAAGAAUUCAGAAAAUGUGAACGAGGAUUCGGAGAAUAAAAUUGUUGAGGGAAUAUUCACAGCUCCAGAAGACAUUGCUGAUUCAAUUAUCAAAGGUAUUACUGAUCUUUUGCCUUUGGAAGAAUCUAACAAAGUUUUUGAACCAAUCAAAAAUGAAAAUGCCCAAGAAACUUUCGAAAAUAUCGAUGUUAUUCCAACAACCACAACACCUCACACAACUGAUGAAACUGAAUCACCAAAGAAUUCAGAAAAUGUGAACGAGGAUUCGGAAAAUAAAAUUGUCGAAGGAAUAUUCACAGCUCCAGAAGACAUUGCUGAUUCAAUUAUCAAAGGUAUUACUGAUCUUUUGCCUUUGGAAGAAUCUAACAAAAUCUCUGAACCAAUCAAAAAUGAAAAUGCCCAAGAAACUUUCGAAAAUAUCGAUGUUAUUCCAACAACCACAACACCUCACACAACUGAUGAAAAUGAAUCACCAAAGAAUUCAGAAAAUUCGAAGAUUCAAAAUAUUCGAAGGAAUAUUCACAGCUCCAGAAGACAUUGCUGAUUCAAUUAUCAAAGGUAUUACUGAUCUUUUGCCUUUGGAAGAAUCUAACAAAAUCUCUGAACCAAUCAAAAAUGAAAAUGUUCAAGAAACUUUCGAAAAUAUCGAUGUUAUUCCAACAACCACAACACCUCACACAACUGAUGAAAAUGAAUCACCAAAGAAUUCAGAAAAUGUGAACGAGGAUUCGGAAAAUAAAAUUGUCGAAGGAAUAUUCACAGCUCCAGAAGACAUUGCUGAUUCAAUUAUCAAAGGUAUUACUGAUCUUUUGCCUUCGGAAGAAUCUGACAAAAUCUCUGAACCAAUCAAAAAUGAAAAUGUCCAAGAAACUUUCGAAAAUAUCGAUGUUAUUCCAACAACCACAACACCUCACACAACUGAUGAAAAUGAAUCACCAAAGAAUUCAGAAAAUGUGAACGAGGAUUCGGAAAAUAAAAUUGUCGAAGGAAUAUUCACAGCUCCAGAAGACAUUGCUGAUUCAAUUAUCAAAGGUAUUACUGAUCUUUUGCCUUUGGAAGAAUCUAACAAAAUCUCUGAACCAAUCAAAAAUGAAAAUGCCCAAGAAACUUUCGAAAAUAUCGAUGUUAUUCCAACAACCACAACACCUCACACAACUGAUGAAAAUGAAUCACCAAAGAAUUCAGAAAAUGUGAACGAGGAUUCGGAAAAUAAAAUUGUCGAAGGAAUAUUCACAGCUCCAGAAGACAUUGCUGAUUCAAUUAUCAAAGGUAUUACUGAUCUUUUGCCUUUGGAAGAAUCUAACAAAGUUUCUGAACCAAUCAAAAAUGAAGAUGUUCAAGAAACUUUCGAAAAUAUUGCUGUUAUUCCAACAACCACAACACCUCACACAACUGAUGAAACUGAAUCACCAAAGAAUUCAGAAAAUGUGAACGAAGAUUCGGAAAAUAAAAUUGUCGAAGGAAUAUUCACAGCUCCAGAAGACAUUGCUGAUUCAAUUAUCAAAGGUAUUACUGAUCUUUUGCCUUUGGAAGAAUCUAACAAAAUCUCUGAACCAAUCAAAAAUGAAGAUGUUCAAGAAACUUUCGAAAAUAUUGCUGUUAUUCCAACAACCACAACACCUCACACAACUGAUGAAACUGAAUCACCAAAGAAUUCAGAAAAUGUGAACGAGGAUUCGGAAAAUAAAAUUGUCGAAGGAAUAUUCACAGCUCCAGAAGACAUUGCUGAUUCAAUUAUCAAAGGUAUCACUGAUCUUUUGCCUUCGGAAGAAUCUAACAAAGUUUCUGAACCAAUCAAAAAUGAAGAUGUUCAAGAAACUUUCGAAAAUAUCGAUGUUAUUCCAACAACCACAACACCUCACACAACUGAUGAAACUGAAUCACCAAAGAAUUCAGAAAAUGUGAACGAGGAUUCGGAAAAUAAAAUUGUUGAAGGAAUAUUCACAGCUCCAGAAGACAUUGCUGAUUCAAUUAUCAAAGGUAUCACUGAUCUUUUGCCUUCGGAAGAAUCUAACAAAGUUUCUGAACCAAUCAAAAAUGAAGAUGUUCAAGAAACUUUCGAAAAUAUCGAUGUUAUUCCAACAACCACAACACCUCACACAACUGAUGAAACUGAAUCACCAAAGAAUUCAGAAAAUGUGAACGAGGAUUCGGAAAAUAAAAUUGUCGAAGGAAUAUUCACAGCUCCAGAAGACAUUGCUGAUUCAAUUAUCAAAGGUAUCACUGAUCUUUUGCCUUUGGAAGAAUCUAACAAAAUCUCUGAACCAAUCAAAAAUGAAGAUGUUCAAGAAACUUUCGAAAAUAUUGCUGUUAUUCCAACAACCACAACACCUCACACAACUGAUGAAACUGAAUCACCAAAGAAUUCAGAAAAUGUGAACGAAGAUUCGGAAAAUAAAAUUGUCGAAGGAAUAUUCACAGCUCCAGAAGACAUUGCUGAUUCAAUUAUCAAAGGUAUCACUGAUCUUUUGCCUUUGGAAGAAUCUAACAAAAUCUCUGAACCAAUCAAAAAUGAAGAUGUUCAAGAAACUUUCGAAAAUAUUGCUGUUAUUCCAACAACCACAACACCUCACACAACUGAUGAAAAUGAAUCACCAAAGAAUUCAGAAAAUGUGAACGAGGAUUCGGAAAAUAAAAUUGUUGAAGGAAUAUUCACAGCUCCAGAAGACAUUGCUGAUUCAAUUAUCAAAGGUAUCACUGAUCUUUUGCCUUCGGAAGAAUCUAACAAAGUUUCUGAACCAAUCAAAAAUGAAGAUGUUCAAGAAACUUUCGAAAAUAUCGAUGUUAUUCCAACAACCACAACACCUCACACAACUGAUGAAACUGAAUCACCAAAGAAUUCAGAAAAUGUAAACGAGGAUUCGGAAAAUAAAAUUGUCGAAGGAAUAUUCACAGCUCCAGAAGACAUUGCUGAUUCAAUUAUCAAAGGUAUCACUGAUCUUUUGCCUUCGGAAGAAUCUAACAAAGUUUCUGAACCAAUCAAAAAUGAAGAUGUUCAAGAAACUUUCGAAAAUAUCGAUGUUAUUCCAACAACCACAACACCUCACACAACUGAUGAAACUGAAUCACCAAAGAAUUCAGAAAAUGUGAACGAGGAUUCGGAAAAUAAAAUUGUUGAGGGAAUAUUCACAGCUCCAGAAGACAUUGCUGAUUCAAUUAUCAAAGGUAUUACUGAUCUUUUGCCUUCGGAAGAAUCUGACAAAAUCUCUGAACCAAUCAAAAAUGAAAAUGUCCAAGAAACUUUCGAAAAUAUCGAUGUUAUUCCAACAACCACAACACCUCACACAACUGAUGAAACUGAAUCACCAAAGAAUUCAGAAAAUGUGAACGAGGAUUCGGAAAAUAAAAUUGUUGAAGGAAUAUUCACAGCUCCAGAAGACAUUGCUGAUUCAAUUAUCAAAGGUAUCACUGAUCUUUUGCCUUUGGAAGAAUCUAACAAAGUUUCUGAACCAAUCAAAAAUGAAGAUGUUCAAGAAACUUUCGAAAAUAUCGAUGUUAUUCCAACAACCACAACACCUCACACAACUGAUGAAACUGAAUCACCAAAGAAUUCAGAAAAUGUGAACGAGGAUUCGGAAAAUAAAAUUGUCGAAGGAAUAUUCACAGCUCCAGAAGACAUUGCUGAUUCAAUUAUCAAAGGUAUUACUGAUCUUUUGCCUUCGGAAGAAUCUAACAAAGUUUCUGAACCAAUCAAAAAUGAAAAUGUCCAAGAAACUUUCGAAAAUAUCGAUGUUAUUCCAACAACCACAACACCUCACACAACUGAUGAAACUGAAUCACCAAAGAAUUCAGAAAAUGUAAACGAGGAUUCGGAAAAUAAAAUUGUCGAAGGAAUAUUCACAGCUCCAGAAGACAUUGCUUAUUCAAUUAUCAAAGGUAUCACUGAUCUUUUGCCUUUGGAAGAAUCUAACAAAGUUUCUGAACCAAUCAAAAAUGAAGAUGUUCAAGAAACUUUCGAAAAUAUCGAUGUUAUUCCAACAACCACAACACCUCACACAACUGAUGAAACUGAAUCACCAAAGAAUUCAGAAAAUGUGAACGAGGAUUCGGAAAAUAAAAUUGUUGAAGGAAUAUUCACAGCUCCAGAAGACAUUGCUGAUUCAAUUAUCAAAGGUAUUACUGAUCUUUUGCCUUUGGAAGAAUCUAACAAAAUCUCUGAACCAAUCAAAAAUGAAGAUGCCCAAGAAACUUUCGAAAAUAUCGAUGUUAUUCCAACAACCACAACACCUCACACAACUGAUGAAACUGAAUCACCAAAGAAUUCAGAAAAUGUGAACGAGGAUUCGGAAAAUAAAAUUGUUGAGGGAAUAUUCACAGCUCCAGAAGACAUUGCUGAUUCAAUUAUCAAAGGUAUUACUGAUCUUUUGCCUUUGGAAGAAUCUAACAAAGUUUCUGAACCAAUCAAAAAUGAAAAUGCCCAAGAAACUUUCGAAAAUAUCGAUGUUAUUCCAACAACCACAACACCUCACACAACUGAUGAAACUGAAUCACCAAAGAAUUCAGAAAAUGUGAACGAGGAUUCGGAAAAUAAAAUUGUUGAGGGAAUAUUCACAGCUCCAGAAGACAUUGCUUAUUCAAUUAUCAAAGGUAUCACUGAUCUUUUGCCUUUGGAAGAAUCUAACAAAGUUUCUGAACCAAUCAAAAAUGAAGAUGUUCAAGAAACUUUCGAAAAUAUCGAUGUUAUUCCAACAACCACAACACCUCACACAACUGAUGAAACUGAAUCACCAAAGAAUUCAGAAAAUGUGAACGAGGAUUCGGAAAAUAAAAUUGUUGAGGGAAUAUUCACAGCUCCAGAAGACAUUGCUGAUUCAAUUAUCAAAGGUAUUACUGAUCUUUUGCCUUCGGAAGAAUCUAACAAAGUUUCUGAACCAAUCAAAAAUGAAGAUGUUCAAGAAACUUUCGAAAAUAUCGAUGUUAUUCCAACAACCACAACACCUCACACAACUGAUGAAACUGAAUCACCAAAGAAUUCAGAAAAUGUGAACGAGGAUUCGGAAAAUAAAAUUGUUGAGGGAAUAUUCACAGCUCCAGAAGACAUUGCUGAUUCAAUUAUCAAAGGUAUUACUGAUCUUUUGCCUUCGGAAGAAUCUAACAAAGUUUCUGAACCAAUCAAAAAUGAAGAUGUUCAAGAAACUUUCGAAAAUAUCGAUGUUAUUCCAACAACCACAACACCUCACACAACUGAUGAAACUGAAUCACCAAAGAAUUCAGAAAAUGUGAACGAGGAUUCGGAAAAUAAAAUUGUUGAGGGAAUAUUCACAGCUCCAGAAGACAUUGCUGAUUCAAUUAUCAAAGGUAUUACUGAUCUUUUGCCUUCGGAAGAAUCUAACAAAGUUUCUGAACCAAUCAAAAAUGAAGAUGUUCAAGAAACUUUCGAAAAUAUCGAUGUUAUUCCAACAACCACAACACCUCACACAACUGAUGAAAAUGAAUCACCAAAGAAUUCAGAAAAUGUAAACGAGGAUUCGGAAAAUAAAAUUGUCGAAGGAAUAUUCACAGCUCCAGAAGACAUUGCUGAUUCAAUUAUCAAAGGUAUCACUGAUCUUUUGCCUUCGGAAGAAUCUAACAAAGUUUCUGAACCAAUCAAAAAUGAAGAUGUUCAAGAAACUUUCGAAAAUAUCGAUGUUAUUCCAACAACCACAACACCUCACACAACUGAUGAAAAUGAAUCACCAAAGAAUUCAGAAAAUGUGAACGAGGAUUCGGAAAAUAAAAUUGUUGAAGGAAUAUUCACAGCUCCAGAAGACAUUGCUGAUUCAAUUAUCAAAGGUAUUACUGAUCUUUUGCCUUCGGAAGAAUCUAACAAAGUUUCUGAACCAAUCAAAAAUGAAGAUGUUCAAGAAACUUUCGAAAAUAUCGAUGUUAUUCCAACAACCACAACACCUCACACAACUGAUGAAAAUGAAUCACCAAAGAAUUCAGAAAAUGUAAACGAGGAUUCGGAAAAUAAAAUUGUCGAAGGAAUAUUCACAGCUCCAGAAGACAUUGCUUAUUCAAUUAUCAAAGGUAUCACUGAUCUUUUGCCUUCGGAAGAAUCUAACAAAGUUUCUGAACCAAUCAAAAAUGAAGAUGUUCAAGAAACUUUCGAAAAUAUCGAUGUUAUUCCAACAACCACAACACCUCACACAACUGAUGAAAAUGAAUCACCAAAGAAUUCAGAAAAUGUGAACGAAGAUUCGGAAAAUAAAAUUGUUGAGGGAAUAUUCACAGCUCCAGAAGACAUUGCUUACUUCAAUUAUCAAAGGUAUCACUGAUCUUUUGCCUUUGGAAGAAUCUAACAAAGUUUCUGAACCAAUCAAAAAUGAAGAUGUUCAAGAAACUUUCGAAAAUAUCGAUGUUAUUCCAACAACCACAACACCUCACACAACUGAUGAAACUGAAUCACCAAAGAAUUCAGAAAAUGUGAACGAGGAUUCGGAAAAUAAAAUUGUUGAGGAAUAUUCACAGCUCCAGAAGACAUUGCUGAUUCAAUUAUCAAAGGUAUUACUGAUCUUUUGCCUUCGGAAGAAUCUAACAAAGUUUUUGAACCAAUCAAAAAUGAAGAUGUUCAAGAAACUUUCGAAAAUAUCGAUGUUAUUCCAACAACCACAACACCUCACACAACUGAUGAAAAUGAAUCACCAAAGAAUUCAGAAAAUGUAAACGAGGAUUCGGAAAAUAAAAUUGUCGAAGGAAUAUUCACAGCUCCAGAAGACAUUGCUUAUUCAAUUAUCAAAGGUAUCACUGAUCUUUUGCCUUUGGAAGAAUCUAACAAAGUUUCUGAACCAAUCAAAAAUGAAGAUGUUCAAGAAACUUUCGAAAAUAUCGAUGUUAUUCCAACAACCACAACACCUCACACAACUGAUGAAAAUGAAUCACCAAAGAAUUCAGAAAAUGUAAACGAGGAUUCGGAAAAUAAAAUUGUUGAAGGAAUAUUCACAGCUCCAGAAGACAUUGCUGAUUCAAUUAUCAAAGGUAUCACUGAUCUUUUGCCUUCGGAAGAAUCUAACAAAGUUUUUGAACCAAUCAAAAAUGAAGAUGUUCAAGAAACUUUCGAAAAUAUUUCUGUUAUUCCAACAACCACAACACCUCACACAACUGAUGAAAAUGAAUCACCAAAGAAUUCAGAAAAUGUAAACGAGGAUUCGGAAAAUAAAAUUGUCGAAGGAAUAUUCACAGCUCCAGAAGACAUUGCUGACUUCAAUUAUCAAAGGUAUCACUGAUCUUUUGCCUUCGGAAGAAUCUAACAAAGUUUCUGAACCAAUCAAAAAUGAAGAUGUUCAAGAAACUUUCGAAAAUAUCGAUGUUAUUCCAACAACCACAACACCUCACACAACUGAUGAAAAUGAAUCACCAAAGAAUUCAGAAAAUGUAAACGAGGAUUCGGAAAAUAAAAUUGUCGAAGGAAUAUUCACAGCUCCAGAAGACAUUGCUGACUUCAAUUAUCAAAGGUAUCACUGAUCUUUUGCCUUCGGAAGAAUCUAACAAAGUUUCUGAACCAAUCAAAAAUGAAGAUGUUCAAGAAACUUUCGAAAAUAUUUCGAUGUUAUUCCAACAACCACAACACCUCACACAACUGAUGAAAAUGAAUCACCAAAGAAUUCAGAAAAUGUGAACGAGGAUUCGGAAAAUAAAAUUGUCGAAGGAAUAUUCACAGCUCCAGAAGACAUUGCUGACUUCAAUUAUCAAAGGUAUCACUGAUCUUUUGCCUUCGGAAGAAUCUAACAAAGUUUCUGAACCAAUCAAAAAUGAAGAUGUUCAAGAAACUUUCGAAAAUAUCGAUGUUAUUCCAACAACCACAACACCUCACACAACUGAUGAAACUGAAUCACCAAAGAAUUCAGAAAAUGUAAACGAGGAUUCGGAAAAUAAAAUUGUCGAAGGAAUAUUCACAGCUCCAGAAGACAUUGCUGAUUCAAUUAUCAAAGGUAUCACUGAUCUUUUGCCUUCGGAAGAAUCUAACAAAGUUUCUGAACCAAUCAAAAAUGAAGAUGUUCAAGAAACUUUCGAAAAUAUUUCUGUUAUUCCAACAACCACAACACCUCACACAACUGAUGAAAAUGAAUCACCAAAGAAUUCAGAAAAUGUAAACGAGGAUUCGGAAAAUAAAAUUGUCGAAGGAAUAUUCACAGCUCCAGAAGACAUUGCUGAUUCAAUUAUCAAAGGUAUCACUGAUCUUUUGCCUUCGGAAGAAUCUAACAAAGUUUCUGAACCAAUCAAAAAUGAAGAUGUUCAAGAAACUUUCGAAAAUAUCGAUGUUAUUCCAACAACCACAACACCUCACACAACUGAUGAAAAUGAAUCACCAAAGAAUUCAGAAAAUGUAAACGAGGAUUCGGAAAAUAAAAUUGUCGAAGGAAUAUUCACAGCUCCAGAAGACAUUGCUGACUUCAAUUAUCAAAGGUAUCACUGAUCUUUUGCCUUCGGAAGAAUCUAACAAAGUUUCUGAACCAAUCAAAAAUGAAGAUGUUCAAGAAACUUUCGAAAAUAUCGAUGUUAUUCCAACAACCACAACACCUCACACAACUGAUGAAAAUGAAUCACCAAAGAAUUCAGAAAAUGUAAACGAGGAUUCGGAAAAUAAAAUUGUCGAAGGAAUAUUCACAGCUCCAGAAGACAUUGCUGAUUCAAUUAUCAAAGGUAUCACUGAUCUUUUGCCUUCGGAAGAAUCUAACAAAGUUUCUGAACCAAUCAAAAAUGAAGAUGUUCAAGAAACUUUCGAAAAUAUCGAUGUUAUUCCAACAACCACAACACCUCACACAACUGAUGAAAAUGAAUCACCAAAGAAUUCAGAAAAUGUAAACGAGGAUUCGGAAAAUAAAAUUGUCGAAGGAAUAUUCACAGCUCCAGAAGACAUUGCUGAUUCAAUUAUCAAAGGUAUCACUGAUCUUUUGCCUUUGGAAGAAUCUAACAAAGUUUCUGAACCAAUCAAAAAUGAAGAUGUUCAAGAAACUUUCGAAAAUAUUGCUGUUAUUCCAACAACCACAACACCUCACACAACUGAUGAAAAUGAAUCACCAAAGAAUUCAGAAAAUGUAAACGAGGAUUCGGAAAAUAAAAUUGUCGAAGGAAUAUUCACAGCUCCAGACGGCACAACUAACUUCAUUAUCAAAGGUAUCACUGAUCUUUUGCCUUCGGAAGAAUCUAACAAAGUUUUUGAACCAAUCAAAAAUGAAGAUGUUCAAGAAACUUUCGAAAAUAUUGCUGUUAUUCCAACAACCACAACACCUCACACAACUGAUGAAAAUGAAUCACCAAAGAAUUCAGAAAAUGUAAACGAGGAUUCGGAAAAUAAAAUUGUCGAAGGAAUAUUCACAGCUCCAGAAGACAUUGCUGAUUCAAUUAUCAAAGGUAUUACUGAUCUUUUGCCUUCGGAAGAAUCUAACAAAAUCUCUGAACCAAUCAAAAAUGAAGAUGUUCAAGAAACUUUCGAAAAUAUUGCUGUUAUUCCAACAACCACAACACCUCACACAACUGAUGAAAAUGAAUCACCAAAGAAUUCAGAAAAUGUAAACGAGGAUUCGGAAAAUAAAAUUGUCGAAGGAAUAUUCACAGCUCCAGAAGACAUUGCUGAUUCAAUUAUCAAAGGUAUCACUGAUCUUUUGCCUUCGGAAGAAUCUAACAAAAUCUCUGAACCAAUCAAAAAUGAAGAUGUUCAAGAAACUUUCGAAAAUAUUGAUGUUAUUCCAACAACCACAACACCUCACACAACUGAUGAAAAUGAAUCACCAAAGAAUUCAGAAAAUGUAAACGAGGAUUCGGAAAAUAAAAUUGUUGAGGAAUAUUCACAGCUCCAGAAGACAUUGCUGAUUCAAUUAUCAAAGGUAUUACUGAUCUUUUGCCUUUGGAAGAAUCUAACAAAGUUUCUGAACCAAUCAAAAAUGAAGAUGUUCAAGAAACUUUCGAAAAUAUCGAUGUUAUUCCAACAACCACAACACCUCACACAACUGAUGAAAAUGAAUCACCAAAGAAUUCAGAAAAUGUGAACGAGGAUUCGGAAAAUAAAAUUGUUGAGGGAAUAUUCACAGCUCCAGAAGACAUUGCUGAUUCAAUUAUCAAAGGUAUUACUGAUCUUUUGCCUUUGGAAGAAUCUAACAAAGUUUCUGAACCAAUCAAAAAUGAAGAUGUUCAAGAAACUUUCGAAAAUAUCGAUGUUAUUCCAACAACCACAACACCUCACACAACUGAUGAAACUGAAUCACCAAAGAAUUCAGAAAAUGUGAACGAGGAUUCGGAAAAUAAAAUUGUUGAAGGAAUAUUCACAGCUCCAGAAGACAUUGCUGAUUCAAUUAUCAAAGGUAUUACUGAUCUUUUGCCUUCGGAAGAAUCUAACAAAAUCUCUGAACCAAUCAAAAAUGAAGAUGUUCAAGAAACUUUCGAAAAUAUUGAUGUUAUUCCAACAACCACAACACCUCACACAACUGAUGAAAAUGAAUCACCAAAGAAUUCAGAAAAUGUAAACGAGGAUUCGGAAAAUAAAAUUGUUGAGGGAAUAUUCACAGCUCCAGAAGACAUUGCUGAUUCAAUUAUCAAAGGUAUUACUGAUCUUUUGCCUUCGGAAGAAUCUAACAAAGUUUCUGAACCAAUCAAAAAUGAAGAUGUUCAAGAAACUUUCGAAAAUAUCGAUGUUAUUCCAACAACCACAACACCUCACACAACUGAUGAAACUGAAUCACCAAAGAAUUCAGAAAAUGUAAACGAGGAUUCGGAAAAUAAAAUUGUCGAAGGAAUAUUCACAGCUCCAGAAGACAUUGCUGAUUCAAUUAUCAAAGGUAUUACUGAUCUUUUGCCUUCGGAAGAAUCUGACAAAAUCUCUGAACCAAUCAAAAAUGAAGAUGUUCAAGAAACUUUCGAAAAUAUUGCUGUUAUUCCAACAACCACAACACCUCACACAACUGAUGAAAAUGAAUCACCAAAGAAUUCAGAAAAUGUAAACGAGGAUUCGGAAAAUAAAAUUGUCGAAGGAAUAUUCACAGCUGCAGAAGACAUUGCUGAUUCAAUUAUCAAAGGUAUUACUGAUCUUUUGCCUUCGGAAGAAUCUAACAAAAUCUCUGAACCAAUCAAGAAUGAAGAUGUUCAAGAAACUUUCGAAAAUAUUUUUGUUAUUCCAACAACCACAACACCUCACACAACUGAUGAAAAUGAAUCACCAAAGAAUUCAGAAAAUGUAAACGAGGAUUCGGAAAAUAAAAUUGUCGAAGGAAUAUUCACAGCUCCAGAAGACAUUGCUGAUUCAAUUAUCAAAGGUAUUACUGAUCUUUUGCCUUCGGAAGAAUCUAACAAAAUCUCUGAACCAAUCAAAAAUGAAGAUGUUCAAGAAACUUUCGAAAAUAUCAAUGUUAUUCCAACAACCACAACACCUCACACAACUGAUGAAAAUGAAUCACCAAAGAAUUCAGAAAAUGUAAACGAGGAUUCGGAAAAUAAAAUUGUCGAAGGAAUAUUCACAGCUCCAGAAGACAUUGCUGAUUCAAUUAUCAAAGGUAUUACUGAUCUUUUGCCUUCGGAAGAAUCUAACAAAAUCUCUGAACCAAUCAAAAAUGAAGAUGUUCAAGAAACUUUCGAAAAUAUUUCUGUUAUUCCAACAACCACAACACCUCACACAACUGAUGAAAAUGAAUCACCAAAGAAUUCAGAAAAUGUAAACGAGGAUUCGGAAAAUAAAAUUGUCGAAGGAAUAUUCACAGCUCCAGAAGACAUUGCUGAUUCAAUUAUCAAAGGUAUUACUGAUCUUUUGCCUUCGGAAGAAUCUAACAAAAUCUCUGAACCAAUCAAGAAUGAAGAUGUUCAAGAAACUUUCGAAAAUAUUUCUGUUAUUCCAACAACCACAACACCUCACACAACUGAUGAAAAUGAAUCACCAAAGAAUUCAGAAAAUGUAAACGAGGAUUCGGAAAAUAAAAUUGUCGAAGGAAUAUUCACAGCUCCAGAAGACAUUGCUGAUUCAAUUAUCAAAGGUAUUACUGAUCUUUUGCCUUCGGAAGAAUCUAACAAAGUCUCUGAACCAAUCAAAAAUGAAGAUGUUCAAGAAACUUUCGAAAAUAUUUCUGUUAUUCCAACAACCACAACACCUCACACAACUGAUGAAAAUGAAUCACCAAAGAAUUCAGAAAAUGUAAACGAGGAUUCGGAAAAUAAAAUUGUCGAAGGAAUAUUCACAGCUCCAGAAGACAUUGCUGACUUCAAUUAUCAAAGGUAUUACUGAUCUUUUGCCUUCGGAAGAAUCUAACAAAGUUUCUGAACCAAUCAAAAAUGAAGAUGUUCAAGAAACUUUCGAAAAUAUCGAUGUUAUUCCAACAACCACAACACCUCACACAACUGAUGAAACUGAAUCACCAAAGAAUUCAGAAAAUGUAAACGAGGAUUCGGAAAAUAAAAUUGUUGAAGGAAUAUUCACAGCUCCAGAAGACAUUGCUGAUUCAAUUAUCAAAGGUAUCACUGAUCUUUUGCCUUCGGAAGAAUCUAACAAAAUCUCUGAACCAAUCAAGAAUGAAGAUGUUCAAGAAACUUUCGAAAAUAUUUUUGUUAUUCCAACAACCACAACACCUCACACAACUGAUGAAAAUGAAUCACCAAAGAAUUCAGAAAAUGUAAACGAGGAUUCGGAAAAUAAAAUUGUCGAAGGAAUAUUCACAGCUCCAGAAGACAUUGCUGAUUCAAUUAUCAAAGGUAUCACUGAUCUUUUGCCUUCGGAAGAAUCUAACAAAAUCUCUGAACCAAUCAAAAAUGAAGAUGUUCAAGAAACUUUCGAAAAUAUCGAUGUUAUUCCAACAACCACAACACCUCACACAACUGAUGAAAAUGAAUCACCAAAGAAUUCAGAAAAUGUAAACGAGGAUUCGGAAAAUAAAAUUGUCGAAGGAAUAUUCACAGCUCCAGAAGACAUUGCUGACUUCAAUUAUCAAAGGUAUCACUGAUCUUUUGCCUUCGGAAGAAUCUAACAAAAUCUCUGAACCAAUCAAAAAUGAAGAUGUUCAAGAAACUUUCGAAAAUAUUGCUGUUAUUCCAACAACCACAACACCUCACACAACUGAUGAAAAUGAAUCACCAAAGAAUUCAGAAAAUGUAAACGAGGAUUCGGAAAAUAAAAUUGUCGAAGGAAUAUUCACAGCUCCAGAAGACAUUGCUGAUUCAAUUAUCAAAGGUAUUACUGAUCUUUUGCCUUCGGAAGAAUCUGACAAAAUCUCUGAACCAAUCAAAAAUGAAGAUGUUCAAGAAACUUUCGAAAAUAUUGAUGUUAUUCCAACAACCACAACACCUCACACAACUGAUGAAAAUGAAUCACCAAAGAAUUCAGAAAAUGUAAACGAGGAUUCGGAAAAUAAAAUUGUCGAAGGAAUAUUCACAGCUCCAGAAGACAUUGCUGAUUCAAUUAUCAAAGGUAUUACUGAUCUUUUGCCUUCGGAAGAAUCUGACAAAAUCUCUGAACCAAUCAAAAAUGAAGAUGUUCAAGAAACUUUCGAAAAUAUCGAUGUUAUUCCAACAACCACAACACCUCACACAACUGAUGAAAAUGAAUCACCAAAGAAUUCAGAAAAUGUGAACGAGGAUUCGGAAAAUAAAAUUGUUGAGGGAAUAUUCACAGCUCCAGAAGACAUUGCUGAUUCAAUUAUCAAAGGUAUUACUGAUCUUUUGCCUUCGGAAGAAUCUAACAAAGUUUCUGAACCAAUCAAAAAUGAAGAUGUUCAAGAAACUUUCGAAAAUAUCGAUGUUAUUCCAACAACCACAACACCUCACACAACUGAUGAAAAUGAAUCACCAAAGAAUUCAGAAAAUGUAAACGAGGAUUCGGAAAAUAAAAUUGUCGAAGGAAUAUUCACAGCUCCAGAAGACAUUGCUGAUUCAAUUAUCAAAGGUAUUACUGAUCUUUUGCCUUCGGAAGAAUCUAACAAAGUUUCUGAACCAAUCAAAAAUGAAGAUGUUCAAGAAACUUUCGAAAAUAUUGAUGUUAUUCCAACAACCACAACACCUCACACAACUGAUGAAAAUGAAUCACCAAAGAAUUCAGAAAAUGUAAACGAGGAUUCGGAAAAUAAAAUUGUCGAAGGAAUAUUCACAGCUCCAGAAGACAUUGCUGACUUCAAUUAUCAAAGGUAUUACUGAUCUUUUGCCUUCGGAAGAAUCUAACAAAAUCUCUGAACCAAUCAAAAAUGAAGAUGUUCAAGAAACUUUCGAAAAUAUUGCUGUUAUUCCAACAACCACAACACCUCACACAACUGAUGAAAAUGAAUCUCCAAAGAAUUCAGAAAAUGUAAACGAGGAUUCGGAAAAUAAAAUUGUCGAAGGAAUAUUCACAGCUCCAGAAGACAUUGCUGAUUCAAUUAUCAAAGGUAUCACUGAUUUUUUGCCUUCGGAAGAAUCUAACAAAAUCUCUGAACCAAUCAAAAAUGAAGAUGUUCAAGAAACUUUCGAAAAUAUCGAUGUUAUUCCAACAACCACAACACCUCACACAACUGAUGAAAAUGAAUCACCAAAGAAUUCAGAAAAUGUGAACGAGGAUUCGGAAAAUAAAAUUGUCGAAGGAAUAUUCACAGCUCCAGAAGACAUUGCUGAUUCAAUUAUCAAAGGUAUUACUGAUCUUUUGCCUUCGGAAGAAACUAACAAAAUCUCUGAACCAAUCAAGAAUGAAGAUGUUCAAGAAACUUUCGAAAAUAUUGCUGUUAUUCCAACAACCACAACACCUCACACAACUGAUGAAAAUGAAUCACCAAAGAAUUCAGAAAAUGUAAACGAGGAUUCGGAAAAUAAAAUUGUCGAAGGAAUAUUCACAGCUCCAGAAGACAUUGCUGAUUCAAUUAUCAAAGGUAUUACUGAUCUUUUGCCUUCGGAAGAAUCUAACAAAAUCUCUGAACCAAUCAAGAAUGAAGAUGUUCAAGAAACUUUCGAAAAUAUUGCUGUUAUUCCAACAACCACAACACCUCACACAACUGAUGAAAAUGAAUCACCAAAGAAUUCAGAAAAUGUAAACGAGGAUUCGGAAAAUAAAAUUGUCGAAGGAAUAUUCACAGCUCCAGAAGACAUUGCUGAUUCAAUUAUCAAAGGUAUUACUGAUCUUUUGCCUUCGGAAGAAUCUAACAAAAUCUCUGAACCAAUCAAAAAUGAAGAUGUUCAAGAAACUUUCGAAAAUAUUGCUGUUAUUCCAACAACCACAACACCUCACACAACUGAUGAAAAUGAAUCACCAAAGAAUUCAGAAAAUGUAAACGAGGAUUCGGAAAAUAAAAUUGUCGAAGGAAUAUUCACAGCUCCAGAAGACAUUGCUGAUUCAAUUAUCAAAGGUAUUACUGAUCUUUUGCCUUCGGAAGAAUCUAACAAAAUCUCUGAACCAAUCAAAAAUGAAGAUGUUCAAGAAACUUUCGAAAAUAUCAAUGUUAUUCCAACAACCACAACACCUCACACAACUGAUGAAAAUGAAUCACCAAAGAAUUCAGAAAAUGUAAACGAGGAUUCGGAAAAUAAAAUUGUCGAAGGAAUAUUCACAGCUCCAGAAGACAUUGCUGAUUCAAUUAUCAAAGGUAUUACUGAUCUUUUGCCUUCGGAAGAAUCUAACAAAAUCUCUGAACCAAUCAAAAAUGAAGAUGUUCAAGAAACUUUCGAAAAUAUUGCUGUUAUUCCAACAACCACAACACCUCACACAACUGAUGAAAAUGAAUCACCAAAGAAUUCAGAAAAUGUAAACGAGGAUUCGGAAAAUAAAAUUGUCGAAGGAAUAUUCACAGCUCCAGAAGACAUUGCUGAUUCAAUUAUCAAAGGUAUUACUGAUCUUUUGCCUUCGGAAGAAUCUAACAAAAUCUCUGAACCAAUCAAAAAUGAAGAUGUUCAAGAAACUUUCGAAAAUAUUGCUGUUAUUCCAACAACCACAACACCUCACACAACUGAUGAAAAUGAAUCACCAAAGAAUUCAGAAAAUGUAAACGAGGAUUCGGAAAAUAAAAUUGUCGAAGGAAUAUUCACAGCUCCAGAAGACAUUGCUGAUUCAAUUAUCAAAGGUAUUACUGAUCUUUUGCCUUCGGAAGAAUCUAACAAAAUCUCUGAACCAAUCAAAAAUGAAGAUGUUCAAGAAACUUUCGAAAAUAUUGCUGUUAUUCCAACAACCACAACACCUCACACAACUGAUGAAAAUGAAUCACCAAAGAAUUCAGAAAAUGUAAACGAGGAUUCGGAAAAUAAAAUUGUCGAAGGAAUAUUCACAGCUCCAGAAGACAUUGCUGAUUCAAUUAUCAAAGGUAUUACUGAUCUUUUGCCUUCGGAAGAAUCUAACAAAAUCUCUGAACCAAUCAAAAAUGAAGAUGUUCAAGAAACUUUCGAAAAUAUUGCUGUUAUUCCAACAACCACAACACCUCACACAACUGAUGAAAAUGAAUCACCAAAGAAUUCAGAAAAUGUAAACGAGGAUUCGGAAAAUAAAAUUGUCGAAGGAAUAUUCACAGCUCCAGAAGACAUUGCUGAUUCAAUUAUCAAAGGUAUUACUGAUCUUUUGCCUUCGGAAGAAUCUAACAAAAUCUCUGAACCAAUCAAAAAUGAAGAUGUUCAAGAAACUUUCGAAAAUAUUGCUGUUAUUCCAACAACCACAACACCUCACACAACUGAUGAAAAUGAAUCACCAAAGAAUUCAGAAAAUGUGAACGAGGAUUCGGAAAAUAAAAUUGUCGAAGGAAUAUUCACAGCUCCAGAAGACAUUGCUGAUUCAAUUAUCAAAGGUAUUACUGAUCUUUUGCCUUCGGAAGAAACUAACAAAAUCUCUGAACCAAUCAAGAAUGAAGAUGUUCAAGAAACUUUCGAAAAUAUUGCUGUUAUUCCAACAACCACAACACCUCACACAACUGAUGAAAAUGAAUCACCAAAGAAUUCAGAAAAUGUAAACGAGGAUUCGGAAAAUAAAAUUGUCGAAGGAAUAUUCACAGCUCCAGAAGACAUUGCUGAUUCAAUUAUCAAAGGUAUUACUGAUCUUUUGCCUUCGGAAGAAUCUAACAAAAUCUCUGAACCAAUCAAAAAUGAAGAUGUUCAAGAAACUUUCGAAAAUAUUGCUGUUAUUCCAACAACCACAACACCUCACACAACUGAUGAAAAUGAAUCACCAAAGAAUUCAGAAAAUGUAAACGAGGAUUCGGAAAAUAAAAUUGUCGAAGGAAUAUUCACAGCUCCAGAAGACAUUGCUGAUUCAAUUAUCAAAGGUAUUACUGAUCUUUUGCCUUCGGAAGAAUCUAACAAAAUCUCUGAACCAAUCAAAAAUGAAGAUGUUCAAGAAACUUUCGAAAAUAUUGCUGUUAUUCCAACAACCACAACACCUCACACAACUGAUGAAAAUGAAUCACCAAAGAAUUCAGAAAAUGUGAACGAGGAUUCGGAAAAUAAAAUUGUCGAAGGAAUAUUCACAGCUCCAGAAGACAUUGCUGAUUCAAUUAUCAAAGGUAUUACUGAUCUUUUGCCUUCGGAAGAAUCUAACAAAAUCUCUGAACCAAUCAAAAAUGAAGAUGUUCAAGAAACUUUCGAAAAUAUCGAUGUUAUUCCAACAACCACAACACCUCACACAACUGAUGAAAAUGAAUCACCAAAGAAUUCAGAAAAUGUGAACGAGGAUUCGGAAAAUAAAAUUGUCGAAGGAAUAUUCACAGCUCCAGAAGACAUUGCUGAUUCAAUUAUCAAAGGUAUUACUGAUCUUUUGCCUUCGGAAGAAUCUAACAAAAUCUCUGAACCAAUCAAAAAUGAAGAUGUUCAAGAAACUUUCGAAAAUAUUGCUGUUAUUCCAACAACCACAACACCUCACACAACUGAUGAAAAUGAAUCACCAAAGAAUUCAGAAAAUGUGAACGAGGAUUCGGAAAAUAAAAUUGUCGAAGGAAUAUUCACAGCUCCAGAAGACAUUGCUGAUUCAAUUAUCAAAGGUAUUACUGAUCUUUUGCCUUCGGAAGAAUCUAACAAAGUUUCUGAACCAAUCAAAAAUGAAGAUGUUCAAGAAACUUUCGAAAAUAUUGCUGUUAUUCCAACAACCACAACACCUCACACAACUGAUGAAAAUGAAUCACCAAAGAAUUCAGAAAAUGUGAACGAGGAUUCGGAAAAUAAAAUUGUCGAAGGAAUAUUCACAGCUCCAGAAGACAUUGCUGAUUCAAUUAUCAAAGGUAUUACUGAUCUUUUGCCUUCGGAAGAAUCUAACAAAGUUUCUGAACCAAUCAAAAAUGAAGAUGUUCAAGAAACUUUCGAAAAUAUUGCUGUUAUUCCAACAACCACAACACCUCACACAACUGAUGAAAAUGAAUCACCAAAGAAUUCAGAAAAUGUGAACGAGGAUUCGGAAAAUAAAAUUGUCGAAGGAAUAUUCACAGCUCCAGAAGACAUUGCUGAUUCAAUUAUCAAAGGUAUUACUGAUCUUUUGCCUUCGGAAGAAUCUAACAAAGUUUCUGAACCAAUCAAAAAUGAAGAUGUUCAAGAAACUUUCGAAAAUAUUGCUGUUAUUCCAACAACCACAACACCUCACACAACUGAUGAAAAUGAAUCACCAAAGAAUUCAGAAAAUGUGAACGAGGAUUCGGAAAAUAAAAUUGUCGAAGGAAUAUUCACAGCUCCAGAAGACAUUGCUGAUUCAAUUAUCAAAGGUAUUACUGAUCUUUUGCCUUCGGAAGAAUCUAACAAAAUCUCUGAACCAAUCAAAAAUGAAGAUGUUCAAGAAACUUUCGAAAAUAUUGCUGUUAUUCCAACAACCACAACACCUCACACAACUGAUGAAAAUGAAUCACCAAAGAAUUCAGAAAAUGUAAACGAGGAUUCGGAAAAUAAAAUUGUCGAAGGAAUAUUCACAGCUCCAGAAGACAUUGCUGAUUCAAUUAUCAAAGGUAUUACUGAUCUUUUGCCUUCGGAAGAAUCUAACAAAAUCUCUGAACCAAUCAAAAAUGAAGAUGUUCAAGAAACUUUCGAAAAUAUUGCUGUUAUUCCAACAACCACAACACCUCACACAACUGAUGAAAAUGAAUCACCAAAGAAUUCAGAAAAUGUAAACGAGGAUUCGGAAAAUAAAAUUGUCGAAGGAAUAUUCACAGCUCCAGAAGACAUUGCUGAUUCAAUUAUCAAAGGUAUUACUGAUCUUUUGCCUUCGGAAGAAUCUAACAAAAUCUCUGAACCAAUCAAAAAUGAAGAUGUUCAAGAAACUUUCGAAAAUAUUGCUGUUAUUCCAACAACCACAACACCUCACACAACUGAUGAAAAUGAAUCACCAAAGAAUUCAGAAAAUGUAAACGAGGAUUCGGAAAAUAAAAUUGUCGAAGGAAUAUUCACAGCUCCAGAAGACAUUGCUGAUUCAAUUAUCAAAGGUAUCACUGAUCUUUUGCCUUCGGAAGAAUCUAACAAAAUCUCUGAACCAAUCAAAAAUGAAGAUGUUCAAGAAACUUUCGAAAAUAUUGCUGUUACUCCAACAACCACAACACCUCACACAACUGAUGAAAAUGAAUCACCAAAGAAUUCUGAAAAUGUGAACGAGGAUUCGGAAAAUAAAAUUGUCGAAGGAAUAUUCACAGCUCCAGAAGACAUUGCUGAUUCAAUUAUCAAAGGUAUCACUGAUUUUUUGCCUUCGGAAGAAUCUAACAAAAUCUCUGAACCAAUCAAAAAUGAAGAUGUUCAAGAAACUUUCGAAAAUAUUGCUGUUAUUCCAACAACCACAACACCUCACACAACUGAUGAAAAUGAAUCACCAAAGAAUUCAGAAAAUGUAAACGAGGAUUCGGAAAAUAAAAUUGUCGAAGGAAUAUUCACAGCUCCAGAAGACAUUGCUGAUUCAAUUAUCAAAGGUAUUACUGAUCUUUUGCCUUCGGAAGAAUCUAACAAAAUCUCUGAACCAAUCAAAAAUGAAGAUGUUCAAGAAACUUUCGAAAAUAUUGCUGUUAUUCCAACAACCACAACACCUCACACAACUGAUGAAAAUGAAUCACCAAAGAAUUCAGAAAAUGUAAACGAGGAUUCGGAAAAUAAAAUUGUCGAAGGAAUAUUCACAGCUCCAGAAGACAUUGCUGAUUCAAUUAUCAAAGGUAUUACUGAUCUUUUGCCUUCGGAAGAAUCUAACAAAGUUUCUGAACCAAUCAAAAAUGAAGAUGUUCAAGAAACUUUCGAAAAUAUUGCUGUUAUUCCAACAACCACAACACCUCACACAACUGAUGAAAAUGAAUCACCAAAGAAUUCAGAAAAUGUAAACGAGGAUUCGGAAAAUAAAAUUGUCGAAGGAAUAUUCACAGCUCCAGAAGACAUUGCUGAUUCAAUUAUCAAAGGUAUUACUGAUCUUUUGCCUUCGGAAGAAUCUAACAAAGUUUCUGAACCAAUCAAAAAUGAAGAUGUUCAAGAAACUUUCGAAAAUAUUGCUGUUAUUCCAACAACCACAACACCUCACACAACUGAUGAAAAUGAAUCACCAAAGAAUUCAGAAAAUGUAAACGAGGAUUCGGAAAAUAAAAUUGUCGAAGGAAUAUUCACAGCUCCAGAAGACAUUGCUGAUUCAAUUAUCAAAGGUAUUACUGAUCUUUUGCCUUCGGAAGAAUCUAACAAAAUCUCUGAACCAAUCAAAAAUGAAGAUGUUCAAGAAACUUUCGAAAAUAUUGCUGUUAUUCCAACAACCACAACACCUCACACAACUGAUGAAAAUGAAUCACCAAAGAAUUCAGAAAAUGUAAACGAGGAUUCGGAAAAUAAAAUUGUCGAAGGAAUAUUCACAGCUCCAGAAGACAUUGCUGAUUCAAUUAUCAAAGGUAUUACUGAUCUUUUGCCUUCGGAAGAAUCUAACAAAGUUUCUGAACCAAUCAAAAAUGAAGAUGUUCAAGAAACUUUCGAAAAUAUUGCUGUUAUUCCAACAACCACAACACCUCACACAACUGAUGAAAAUGAAUCACCAAAGAAUUCAGAAAAUGUAAACGAGGAUUCGGAAAAUAAAAUUGUCGAAGGAAUAUUCACAGCUCCAGAAGACAUUGCUGAUUCAAUUAUCAAAGGUAUUACUGAUCUUUUGCCUUCGGAAGAAUCUAACAAAGUCUCUGAACCAAUCAAAAAUGAAGAUGUUCAAGAAACUUUCGAAAAUAUUGCUGUUAUUCCAACAACCACAACACCUCACACAACUGAUGAAAAUGAAUCACCAAAGAAUUCAGAAAAUGUAAACGAGGAUUCGGAAAAUAAAAUUGUCGAAGGAAUAUUCACAGCUCCAGAAGACAUUGCUGACUUCAAUUAUCAAAGGUAUUACUGAUCUUUUGCCUUUGGAAGAAUCUAACAAAAUCUCUGAACCAAUCAAAAAUGAAGAUGUUCAAGAAACUUUCGAAAAUAUUGCUGUUAUUCCAACAACCACAACACCUCACACAACUGAUGAAAAUGAAUCACCAAAGAAUUCAGAAAAUGUAAACGAGGAUUCGGAAAAUAAAAUUGUCGAAGGAAUAUUCACAGCUCCAGAAGACAUUGCUGACUUCAAUUAUCAAAGGUAUUACUGAUCUUUUGCCUUCGGAAGAAUCUAACAAAAUCUCUGAACCAAUCAAAAAUGAAGAUGUUCAAGAAACUUUCGAAAAUAUUGCUGUUAUUCCAACAACCACAACACCUCACACAACUGAUGAAAAUGAAUCACCAAAGAAUUCAGAAAAUGUAAACGAGGAUUCGGAAAAUAAAAUUGUCGAAGGAAUAUUCACAGCUCCAGAAGACAUUGCUGACUUCAAUUAUCAAAGGUAUUACUGAUCUUUUGCCUUCGGAAGAAUCUAACAAAGUUUCUGAACCAAUCAAAAAUGAAGAUGUUCAAGAAACUUUCGAAAAUAUUGCUGUUAUUCCAACAACCACAACACCUCACACAACUGAUGAAAAUGAAUCACCAAAGAAUUCAGAAAAUGUAAACGAGGAUUCGGAAAAUAAAAUUGUCGAAGGAAUAUUCACAGCUCCAGAAGACAUUGCUGAUUCAAUUAUCAAAGGUAUUACUGAUCUUUUGCCUUCGGAAGAAUCUAACAAAAUCUCUGAACCAAUCAAGAAUGAAGAUGUUCAAGAAACUUUCGAAAAUAUUGCUGUUAUUCCAACAACCACAACACCUCACACAACUGAUGAAAAUGAAUCACCAAAGAAUUCAGAAAAUGUAAACGAGGAUUCGGAAAAUAAAAUUGUCGAAGGAAUAUUCACAGCUCCAGAAGACAUUGCUGAUUCAAUUAUCAAAGGUAUCACUGAUCUUUUGCCUUCGGAAGAAUCUAACAAAAUCUCUGAACCAAUCAAGAAUGAAGAUGUUCAAGAAACUUUCGAAAAUAUUGCUGUUAUUCCAACAACCACAACACCUCACACAACUGAUGAAAAUGAAUCACCAAAGAAUUCAGAAAAUGUGAACGAGGAUUCGGAAAAUAAAAUUGUCGAAGGAAUAUUCACAGCUCCAGAAGACAUUGCUGAUUCAAUUAUCAAAGGUAUUACUGAUCUUUUGCCUUCGGAAGAAUCUAACAAAAUCUCUGAACCAAUCAAGAAUGAAGAUGUUCAAGAAACUUUCGAAAAUAUUGCUGUUAUUCCAACAACCACAACACCUCACACAACUGAUGAAAAUGAAUCACCAAAGAAUUCAGAAAAUGUAAACGAGGAUUCGGAAAAUAAAAUUGUCGAAGGAAUAUUCACAGCUCCAGAAGACAUUGCUGAUUCAAUUAUCAAAGGUAUUACUGAUCUUUUGCCUUCGGAAGAAUCUAACAAAAUCUCUGAACCAAUCAAAAAUGAAGAUGUUCAAGAAACUUUCGAAAAUAUUGCUGUUAUUCCAACAACCACAACACCUCACACAACUGAUGAAAAUGAAUCACCAAAGAAUUCAGAAAAUGUAAACGAGGAUUCGGAAAAUAAAAUUGUCGAAGGAAUAUUCACAGCUCCAGAAGACAUUGCUGAUUCAAUUAUCAAAGGUAUCACUGAUCUUUUGCCUUCGGAAGAAUCUAACAAAAUCUCUGAACCAAUCAAAAAUGAAGAUGUUCAAGAAACUUUCGAAAAUAUUGCUGUUAUUCCAACAACCACAACACCUCACACAACUGAUGAAAAUGAAUCACCAAAGAAUUCAGAAAAUGUAAACGAGGAUUCGGAAAAUAAAAUUGUCGAAGGAAUAUUCACAGCUCCAGAAGACAUUGCUGAUUCAAUUAUCAAAGGUAUCACUGAUCUUUUGCCUUCGGAAGAAUCUAACAAAAUCUCUGAACCAAUCAAAAAUGAAGAUGUUCAAGAAACUUUCGAAAAUAUUGCUGUUAUUCCAACAACCACAACACCUCACACAACUGAUGAAAAUGAAUCUCCAAAGAAUUCAGAAAAUGUAAACGAGGAUUCGGAAAAUAAAAUUGUCGAAGGAAUAUUCACAGCUCCAGAAGACAUUGCUGAUUCAAUUAUCAAAGGUAUCACUGAUCUUUUGCCUUCGGAAGAAUCUAACAAAAUCUCUGAACCAAUCAAAAAUGAAGAUGUUCAAGAAACUUUCGAAAAUAUUGCUGUUAUUCCAACAACCACAACACCUCACACAACUGAUGAAAAUGAAUCACCAAAGAAUUCAGAAAAUGUAAACGAGGAUUCGGAAAAUAAAAUUGUCGAAGGAAUAUUCACAGCUCCAGAAGACAUUGCUGAUUCAAUUAUCAAAGGUAUCACUGAUCUUUUGCCUUUGGAAGAAUCUAACAAAAUCUCUGAACCAAUCAAGAAUGAAGAUGUUCAAGAAACUUUCGAAAAUAUUGCUGUUAUUCCAACAACCACAACACCUCACACAACUGAUGAAAAUGAAUCACCAAAGAAUUCAGAAAAUGUAAACGAGGAUUCGGAAAAUAAAAUUGUCGAAGGAAUAUUCACAGCUCCAGAAGACAUUGCUGAUUCAAUUAUCAAAGGUAUCACUGAUCUUUUGCCUUCGGAAGAAUCUAACAAAAUCUCUGAACCAAUCAAAAAUGAAGAUGUUCAAGAAACUUUCGAAAAUAUUGCUGUUAUUCCAACAACCACAACACCUCACACAACUGAUGAAAAUGAAUCACCAAAGAAUUCAGAAAAUGUAAACGAGGAUUCGGAAAAUAAAAUUGUCGAAGGAAUAUUCACAGCUCCAGAAGACAUUGCUGAUUCAAUUAUCAAAGGUAUCACUGAUCUUUUGCCUUCGGAAGAAUCUAACAAAAUCUCUGAACCAUUAAAGAAUGAAGAUGUUCAAGAAACUUUCGAAAAUAUUGCUGUUAUUCCAACAACCACAACACCUCACACAACUGAUGAAAAUGAAUCACCAAAGAAUUCAGAAAAUGUAAACGAGGAUUCGGAAAAUAAAAUUGUCGAAGGAAUAUUCACAGCUCCAGAAGACAUUGCUGAUUCAAUUAUCAAAGGUAUCACUGAUCUUUUGCCUUUGGAAGAAUCUAACAAAGUUUCUGAACCAAUCAAAAAUGAAGAUGUUCAAGAAACUUUCGAAAAUAUUGCUGUUAUUCCAACAACCACAACACCUCACACAACUGAUGAAAAUGAAUCACCAAAGAAUUCAGAAAAUGUAAACGAGGAUUCGGAAAAUAAAAUUGUCGAAGGAAUAUUCACAGCUCCAGAAGACAUUGCUGAUUCAAUUAUCAAAGGUAUUACUGAUCUUUUGCCUUCGGAAGAAUCUAACAAAAUCUCUGAACCAAUCAAGAAUGAAGAUGUUCAAGAAACUUUCGAAAAUAUUGCUGUUAUUCCAACAACCACAACACCUCACACAACUGAUGAAAAUGAAUCACCAAAGAAUUCAGAAAAUGUAAACGAGGAUUCGGAAAAUAAAAUUGUCGAAGGAAUAUUCACAGCUCCAGAAGACAUUGCUGAUUCAAUUAUCAAAGGUAUCACUGAUCUUUUGCCUUUGGAAGAAUCUAACAAAAUUUCUGAACCAAUCAAGAAUGAAGAUGUUCAAGAAACUUUCGAAAAUAUUGCUGUUAUUCCAACAACCACAACACCUCACACAACUGAUGAAAAUGAAUCACCAAAGAAUUCAGAAAAUGUAAACGAGGAUUCGGAAAAUAAAAUUGUCGAAGGAAUAUUCACAGCUCCAGAAGACAUUGCUGAUUCAAUUAUCAAAGGUAUCACUGAUCUUUUGCCUUCGGAAGAAUCUAACAAAAUCUCUGAACCAAUCAAGAAUGAAGAUGUUCAAGAAACUUUCGAAAAUAUUGCUGUUAUUCCAACAACCACAACACCUCACACAACUGAUGAAAAUGAAUCACCAAAGAAUUCAGAAAAUGUAAACGAGGAUUCGGAAAAUAAAAUUGUCGAAGGAAUAUUCACAGCUCCAGAAGACAUUGCUGAUUCAAUUAUCAAAGGUAUCACUGAUCUUUUGCCUUCGGAAGAAUCUAACAAAAUCUCUGAACCAAUCAAGAAUGAAGAUGUUCAAGAAACUUUCGAAAAUAUUGCUGUUAUUCCAACAACCACAACACCUCACACAACUGAUGAAAAUGAAUCACCAAAGAAUUCAGAAAAUGUAAACGAGGAUUCGGAAAAUAAAAUUGUCGAAGGAAUAUUCACAGCUCCAGAAGACAUUGCUGAUUCAAUUAUCAAAGGUAUCACUGAUCUUUUGCCUUUGGAAGAAUCUAACAAAGUUUCUGAACCAAUCAAAAAUGAAGAUGUUCAAGAAACUUUCGAAAAUAUUGCUGUUAUUCCAACAACCACAACACCUCACACAACUGAUGAAAAUGAAUCACCAAAGAAUUCAGAAAAUGUAAACGAGGAUUCGGAAAAUAAAAUUGUCGAAGGAAUAUUCACAGCUCCAGAAGACAUUGCUGAUUCAAUUAUCAAAGGUAUCACUGAUCUUUUGCCUUUGGAAGAAACUAACAAAGUUUCUGAACCAAUCAAGAAUGAAGAUGUUCAAGAAACUUUCGAAAAUAUUGCUGUUAUUCCAACAACCACAACACCUCACACAACUGAUGAAAAUGAAUCACCAAAGAAUUCAGAAAAUGUAAACGAGGAUUCGGAAAAUAAAAUUGUCGAAGGAAUAUUCACAGCUCCAGAAGACAUUGCUGAUUCAAUUAUCAAAGGUAUCACUGAUCUUUUGCCUUCGGAAGAAUCUAACAAAAUCUCUGAACCAAUCAAGAAUGAAGAUGUUCAAGAAACUUUCGAAAAUAUUGCUGUUAUUCCAACAACCACAACACCUCACACAACUGAUGAAAAUGAAUCACCAAAGAAUUCAGAAAAUGUAAACGAGGAUUCGGAAAAUAAAAUUGUCGAAGGAAUAUUCACAGCUCCAGAAGACAUUGCUGAUUCAAUUAUCAAAGGUAUCACUGAUCUUUUGCCUUCGGAAGAAUCUAACAAAAUCUCUGAACCAAUCAAGAAUGAAGAUGUUCAAGAAACUUUCGAAAAUAUUGCUGUUAUUCCAACAACCACAACACCUCACACAACUGAUGAAAAUGAAUCACCAAAGAAUUCAGAAAAUGUAAACGAGGAUUCGGAAAAUAAAAUUGUCGAAGGAAUAUUCACAGCUCCAGAAGACAUUGCUGAUUCAAUUAUCAAAGGUAUCACUGAUCUUUUGCCUUUGGAAGAAUCUAACAAAAUCUCUGAACCAAUCAAAAAUGAAGAUGUUCAAGAAACUUUCGAAAAUAUUGCUGUUAUUCCAACAACCACAACACCUCACACAACUGAUGAAAAUGAAUCACCAAAGAAUUCAGAAAAUGUAAACGAAGAUUCGGAAAAUAAAAUUGUCGAAGGAAUAUUCACAGCUCCAGAAGACAUUGCUGAUUCAAUUAUCAAAGGUAUUACUGAUCUUUUGCCUUUGGAAGAAUCUAACAAAAUCUCUGAACCAAUCAAAAAUGAAGAUGUUCAAGAAACUUUCGAAAAUAUCGAUGUUAUUCCAACAACCACAACACCUCACACAACUGAUGAAAAUGAAUCACCAAAGAAUUCAGAAAAUGUGAACGAGGAUUCGGAAAAUAAAAUUGUCGAAGGAAUAUUCACAGCUCCAGAAGACAUUGCUGAUUCAAUUAUCAAAGGUAUUACUGAUCUUUUGCCUUCGGAAGAAUCUAACAAAAUCUCUGAACCAAUCAAAAAUGAAGAUGUUCAAGAAACUUUCGAAAAUAUUGAUGUUAUUCCAACAACCACAACACCUCACACAACUGAUGAAAAUGAAUCACCAAAGAAUUCAGAAAAUGUGAACGAGGAUUCGGAAAAUAAAAUUGUCGAAGGAAUAUUCACAGCUCCAGAAGACAUUGCUGAUUCAAUUAUCAAAGGUAUUACUGAUCUUUUGCCUUUGGAAGAAUCUAACAAAAUCUCUGAACCAAUCAAAAAUGAAAAUGUUCAAGAAACUUUCGAAAAUAUCGAUGUUAUUCCAACAACCACAACACCUCACACAACUGAUGAAAAUGAAUCACCAAAGAAUUCAGAAAAUGUGAACGAGGAUUCGGAAAAUAAAAUUGUCGAAGGAAUAUUCACAGCUCCAGAAGACAUUGCUGAUUCAAUUAUCAAAGGUAUUACUGAUCUUUUGCCUUUGGAAGAAUCUAACAAAAUCUCUGAACCAAUCAAAAAUGAAGAUGUUCAAGAAACUUUCGAAAAUAUCGAUGUUAUUCCAACAACCACAACACCUCACACAACUGAUGAAAAUGAAUCACCAAAGAAUUCAGAAAAUGUAAACGAGGAUUCGGAAAAUAAAAUUGUCGAAGGAAUAUUCACAGCUCCAGAAGACAUUGCUGACUUCAAUUAUCAAAGGUAUUACUGAUCUUUUGCCUUUGGAAGAAUCUAACAAAAUCUCUGAACCAAUCAAAAAUGAAGAUGUUCAAGAAACUUUCGAAAAUAUUGCUGUUAUUCCAACAACCACAACACCUCACACAACUGAUGAAAAUGAAUCACCAAAGAAUUCAGAAAAUGUAAACGAGGAUUCGGAAAAUAAAAUUGUCGAAGGAAUAUUCACAGCUCCAGAAGACAUUGCUGAUUCAAUUAUCAAAGGUAUUACUGAUCUUUUGCCUUUGGAAGAAUCUAACAAAAUCUCUGAACCAAUCAAAAAUGAAGAUGUUCAAGAAACUUUCGAAAAUAUUGCUGUUAUUCCAACAACCACAACACCUCACACAACUGAUGAAAAUGAAUCACCAAAGAAUUCGGAAAAUGUGAACGAAGAUUCGGAAAAUAAAAUUGUCGAAGGAAUAUUCACAGCUCCAGAAGACAUUGCUGAUUCAAUUAUCAAAGGUAUCACUGAUCUUUUGCCUUUGGAAGAAUCUAACAAAAUCUCUGAACCAAUCAAAAAUGAAGAUGUUCAAGAAACUUUCGAAAAUAUUGCUGUUAUUCCAACAACCACAACACCUCACACAACUGAUGAAAAUGAAUCACCAAAGAAUUCAGAAAAUGUGAACGAGGAUUCGGAAAAUAAAAUUGUCGAAGGAAUAUUCACAGCUCCAGAAGACUAUGUUGAUUCAAAAAAAUGUGAUUCAUCUUCAAUUUCACCAGUAACUCUAACAAGAAGGCGAUUCAGUUUUUCAAAUGGAUAUGUUCCAAGCGGAUCAGAAAAUCCAUCAAAAGAAAAAUGUGUGAUCUGUGAUAUUUUGGAUGAAAAUGAACAACAAAAUGACGCAUCUUCUCGUGUUGCCGAUAUAGAUGUUUCAACGAACGAAAUUCCGAAAAUUCUAACAAUAGUUCCUUCUGAAAAAAAUCUUCAAGAAAUGGAAAUCGAACGACCAUCUGAAUCUCCUUUCGAAGCAAUGUUUGAUUCUGAACGUUUCCGACCUCUGGAAGUUAUUACUGAUCAAGAUGGUUCAUUGUCAACGGGACAUUCUCCAAUUUCUCCUGGAACUCCAGAUGGAUAUGAAAGAUUGCCAAUAAUGGACAUUGAAUCAAUUCCACAAUCACCUGUUGAGGAAACAAAAAUCCUUUCUGGAAAUUCAUUUGAUGAUCGAAGUGAGAUGGAUUCAAUUGGAGAUGUCAGUGAAGCGACAUUUAAACGUUUCACAACAUCCAGUAAGCUGGUUGAUGUGGACUGACCUUUUUUGUUUUAUUUAAUUAAUUUUGAGUGAUUUCAUUGAUUUGUUGUGUCGUGUUUUUUUCUUGUUUCUCUCGCCAUUUUCAAAAUUAAAAUCAUCUUUCACUUUUUGCAGUCGAAGAACCGCUUCCACGCCGUGAUUCAUUUUCUUCAAUAUCUUCGUUUGGUGAUCGACAAAAGUUCCAAACAGCAAUCGAUAAUAUUCGACAAGACCUUCUUCCAUUCCAAUCUUCUGUAGGUUUUCCGAAGUUUUUUUGUUCGAAAAAACCUGAGAACGAACCAAAAUUUUUGAAUUGCCAAAAUUUCGAAACACAAAGAUGCAAGACAGAAAAAGUCGAGAAAAUUUUGUUAAUGUUUCGAAAUAUGUAUUGACAUUUCAAUGCUUUUUGUAUUGUUGAAUAGAAACAUAGACUUUUUCCGUAAGUCGUAGAUCUUCUUUCAGGUUUCGCAAUAUCUCAACGCUUCUCCAGUUAUGAGUUCAUCAAACAAUUCAGAUAGUUUUGUCAAAUUAGAUUAUCCAACUGAAGGCUCUUUGAAGGUUAGUUGACAAAUAUUUUAAAUAUUCUGAAGUUCGAAAAAAAGUGAUAAACAUUAGACACUUUGAUGGUUGUUUUUUCCACAAUUUUUAUGUGGCAUACAAAAUAUUCAUAAAAUCUUUUGUACAAUGAUUCUGAUUCACACGAAUUAUUAUCAUGCCCAAAUAUUGACUGCAAUUCACAUAUUUAAAAGUGUGUGUUUCUGCUUGAUUUUGCAGUGUGUUUGAGAGUGUUUUCAGGUGGAUCAAGAAGACGUUGACGGAUUUUUGAUGAUUGAGAAAAACGAGGCGGUACCAGUAAAAAAGGUCAGUUGUAAAAAAAUAAUUGAUUGUGACAAGUCAGAUGAUAUUUCUUUUUUGAAAGUGUUCUGUUUGUUUGUCCUCGUUUUUUCUUGCUAAUCAGUUCAAAGUACACUCAUUUUUUAUUGUUGACAAUGAGUUAGAAAUUAGGCUUCAAUGUCAGUAUUUAAUUUUUGGUAACCUAAUCCCAUCAUGGGAAAAGAGCAUAUGGUGUCAUCUCAUUUUACAAACCCUAUAGAGAUUAUGUAAAAAUAGUAUAAUUCAUAUUGUUGAGUCUCUAAAAUGUUUAUAAGAACUUUCUUUGAAGAGCACUCAUGAGUCUUUCCAUAAUUCAUAAGUUUUUUGAGAGUUUGAUAGUCAUAAAUUAUGUUUCUUUUCACAAGCAGGUGCCCUGACCUGAUGUGAAUAUCGAUUUUUCUCUAUAUAUUCAAAGGUUAUAAUUUCCAUCCCUUUCCUCCUUUUUCUGUUCAUCCGGUCGCAAUUUUUGCCCUUUCAACUCGACUAAUACAUAAAAAUGGAAAGCGAGAGGCAGUUUCGAAAUAUUCCUUUUCCCUCUUCUCCCUUUUUUCGUAUGUAUUUUCGCCCAGCAAACCAACCAACCAGCUAUCUUGCAGCUAAUUAUGCAACACCGCCAUAGCAGCCACCACCAAUUCGCCCUUUUUUCUGUUUUCCCUUGCCUACUUACUUACUCUGCCUCUUAUUUUUCUCGUCGUCUAUUUCAUUUCUUUUUUCAAAAAGAAUUUCUCCCAUUUUUUGCCCAUUCUCCAAAUAAAAAUGUCUAUUUUUGUUUGGUCAUUGUUUUUGGAGGAAAAAAGCGGAUCUCUUUUCUUUUUUUCGCGCAGUUGUUGUCUGCUUCCAGUGCAUUUAUCGAUUAUGUGAGCUGUUAUGGGAGUUCCUUUUUUGUGCUUUGCAAGUAUUGAUUUUGUGGGCCUCCUUUUGUCGCCUCAUAUGGAUUUAGUUUUGUUUAUUCAAUUAUUCAAAAGUUUUAAGGACCUCUAGAAGUCUCUUCAUUAAAAAAGGUGCUCAUUCUUAUUUUGAACGUGACGUGUUCCAAAAAAUCACAUAACGAAAACAAACUUCAAAAAACGAUCAAAAAAUAAAAAUAUAAAACAUAAUUUCGGCUUUAUUGUUAUUAUCAUCAAGCGACUUUUUGAUGAAUUAACUUUUUUUUCAUUUUUCACCAAGAUACUUGCCCAUAUCCACAAAAACCCCAAUAUAUCCCCCUUCUUGUCUUAAAGUUUCAAAAAAAAAACAAGAAAUAUUAUUUCUCGGUCAAUAGUAGUAUGCAUGGAAUACAUGGCAUGGAAGUACUAUGCAUGUACAAAAAUUUAUCACAUGGAAGGUACUUUACAUGGAAUGAUUAUUAUACAUGUGAAAAAAUUUUAUACAUGUAAGAAGAACUUUGAUUUUUUCUAAUUUCUGGGAAGAUUUUCGACCAAGCAGAAUUUGAUGGGAAGUCUGAAAUUUUAGGAAUUUCAGAUCAGAAUCACGUGAUUUUUACGUGAAAAUCGAAGUUUUCAAAAAAUGUCUAGCUAGAGAUGUUUUCAGACACACUGAAAACGAUGGGAUGACUGAAAUUUUGAGAAUUUCAGAUUUUCAGCCAGAAUCACGUCAUUUUCCUGUGAAAAUCAAAUUUUUCCAAAAAUUUCUAGUUUUUUGCUACAAAUGUUUUCAGACACGCUGAAAACGAUGGGAUGACUGAAAUUUUGAGAAUUUCAGAUUCGCGUGAAAAUCAUUUAUCAAAAAUUUCUAGUUUUUGACAAAGGUCUGAAAACCCUGAAAACAGCGGAAUUAUUGAAAUUUCAUGAAUUUCGGAUAUGCACACAGACAAAUUCACAUAACUGUUCCAUCAAGGUCCCAGUUCAGACAUCGAGUACACAUGCUGGAUCCAAAUCAAAACUUGUUGAUUGAAACCCGAUGUAAUUUUAUUCUGACUAUACCACUGUUGCAAGUAGACAGUAGCAAUUAAAACGCAUUUAUUCUAAAAAUCAGAAGAAUUUUAUCAUACAUGGAUCCAGCAGUCGAAGCACGCUAUGUGGUAUGAUUCCUUUUGACCAGCACGACUAACGGUGAAGGCGACACGAGAGAUUCCAUGCUUCGGUACAGACCAGCUUCGGGGACCCUUGUGUGUAUGACGUUGAAUUUUCUUGGUCUGUUGGUGACUUGAAUCCGUGACCCCGUUUCAUUUUGAUAGAUGUCGGUGUCAACUGGAAUUUGCUUCUUGAGGUGCUCACGAGACCAAGACCUUUUGGGUCACGGGUUUUCCGUUGAUUUGGAUUUCGACCAUAUGAGCCUUCUUUUAUCUGCAGUUGAGGACAAUCAUCUGAAAAUAAAGAUCCAUUAAAAUCCUCCUUCCUUAUUCAAGUUAACAUACCUGAGUGUGGGAAAUAACAUAGAUCGAUGGGCAGUACAUUUGAAGAUUGUUGAUGUCCGACGUUCUAUGAAUUUCUUCACAUCUUCAUCUAGCCAUUUUUGGCAUGGCGAAACCCUUCUUCUUACAACCAGAUUUCCAAGAUCGAAAUGAAAGUGAUUUCUGAAAAAAAUAAUCAAUUGACAGAAAAGUAGUAAGUUAUAUACAAUGUGAGAAAUUCAAGCAUCAAGUGAAGGCGCUACAAGGAUUUUCAAUUCUAAUAGGGAAUUUUCGCCGGAAACUCAUUAAAAUGUUGCUGGAAUUUAGUAGCACUACAAAAUAACCGCAUUCUACUAUCUAAAAAUUGAACAAACCAAAAAAUGAAACAUAUUAAUUUUUGGCCUAAAUUCAUGUGGAACAUGUGAAUUUCGAAGUUCUGAUGAAGUUUCCUUCUUGAUCUUAGUAGAGAAACAUUUUUCAUACUGUUCUUCCACGAAAAUGAAGAGCGGCGGUGUUUGCACACUUUUCGCAGCUACCGUAUACAAAUUGGAGGGAGUUUAAAAAACAAUUUUUUUUUCUUUUCUUUUUUUUCAAUUUUUUUCGCGGAUUUCGUUUGUUCGUGGUUUAUGAGUCAGAACGCCAAUUUCAUCAUGAUGUCUUGUGCUCAUCUGAAAGCCCGUCUAAAACUGGUCAUUUCGCUGUGAAUAGAUAGUCAUGAAAAUGAGAAACCGACGAGGCACAGGCGUCGAAAGGGAAAAUGCACACAACGUGGCAAACACACAUUUUCAAGUUGAGACUUGGUGUUUUUUAGGUCGAUCGAUUUCAGCUCAUUGUCAAUCAAUUUCAGUCAUCUAUAUAUCAAUCAAACCAGAAUUUUACGGAGAACAAUCUCAUCUUCAUGGAUUUCAACAAUUCGAUUGCUUUCGACCUUAUUUUGGACUGAAAUUCGAGUUUUUUGGAUUUUUGAGGGUUUUGGGAGGGGUUUUCUGAUUUUUUCGCAAUUUUUCAUCGAUUCAAUGCUGGAAGUUGCUCUACAGUCUAAUUUUACGAAAUUCGACCAUCAAAUCUGAUUUUCAACUUCGAAUCACACAAUUUUGGCCUGAAAUUUGAGUUUUCUGGUAUUUUUGGGGGAUUUGAGGCAAUUUCUUCAGAUUUUUUCGGAAUUUCUGGUGAAUUCAGUGCUGGAAGUUCCGCGAUCGUCUAUUUUCACGAAAUUCGACCAUUCAAUCAGAUUUUCAACUCUGGAUCACACGAUUUUGGGCUGAUGUUUGAGUUUUCUGGAUUUUUCUUGAAUUAUUAAUGCAGGCAAUCUCUGCAAAUUCACAAAUAAACAGAUUUAAUGACUUAUUGAUAGGUUCGACCAUCUAGAACAACUUUCUAUGAUUUUAUGACUCAAGUAAAUAUCUCAAAAUAACUAGCUUAUAUAAAAAAUGAAAAUUUGAAAAAGGUCGAAUUUUGUGACAUUUCGAAAAAAAUCCUCUCUCAAAAACCCAGAAAAAUCGAAUUUAUACUAAAAAUAGUGUGAUACAUAGUUGGAGAUUCAAUUGGAUCGUCGAAUUUCGUGAAAUUAGAUUGUCGAGGAACUUCCAGCAGCUAAUUCAUCGAACAUUUCGGAAAAAGCUGAAGAAAAUCCCUCAAAUCCCCCAAAAAUACCAGAAAACUCAAAUUUCAGGCUGAAAUCGUGUGCUCCAGAGUUGAAAAUCUGAUUGAAUGGUCGAAUUUUGUGAAAUUAUACUGUAGACGAAUUUCCAGCACUGAAUUCAUCAGAAAUUUCAAUAAAAUCUGAAGAAAAUGCCCCCAAAUCCCCCAAAAAUACCAGAAAACUCAAAUUUCAGGCCAAAAUUGUGUGAUUCGAAGUUGAAAAUCAGAUUUGAUGGUCGAAUUUCGUAAAAUUAGACUGUAGAGCAACUUCCAGCAUUGAAUCGAUGAAAAAUUGCGAAAAAAUCAGAAAACCCCUCCCAAAACCCUCAAAAAUCCAAAAAACUCGAAUUUCAGUCCAAAAUAAGGUCGAAAGCAAUCGAAUUGUUGAAAUCCAUGAAGAUGAGAUUGUUCUCCGUAAAAUUCUGGUUUGAUUGAUAUAUAGAUGACUGAAAUUGAUUGACAAUGAGCUGAAAUCGAUCGACCUAAAAAACACCAAGUCUCAACUUGAAAAUGUGUGUUUGCCACGUUGUGUGCAUUUUCCCUUUCGACGCCUGUGCCUCGUCGGUUUCUCAUUUUCAUGACUAUCUAUUCACAGCGAAAUGACCAGUUUUAGACGGGCUUUCAGAUGAGCACAAGACAUCAUGAUGAAAUUGGCGUUCUGACUCAUAAACCACGAACAAACGAAAUCCGCGAAAAAAUUGAAAAAAAGAAAAGAAAAAAAAUUGUUUUUUAAACUCCCUCCAAUUUGUAUACUCAGCAGUUGCAGAUGUAGCUAAUUCAUAGCUCAACCGAUCGCAGCCCUUGACACUUGCGUUUUAUUUACGAACAGUGUGCGGUUUAGCUACAAACACACACCGAAGUCUGUUUUAGCUACGAAACACACACGCAUGUUUUAGCUACGAAAACUGUUUUCCUGUUUAUUGCGAAAUACUGCUUAUGCGGGUUUCUUUCUGUAUUUGGCGUAGUUAGAAAACUUGCAAAUAUAAAACAUUUAUUCGUAUCGAAACAUACAAUAACAUAAUAAUAUGAAAUUAUAGUCAGUUAUUCACCAGAAACACUUAAUUUUCUCGCAGUUGUUUGAUAGCUUCUGGAUCCUGGACCGGCCGAAUAUUGGAUAGAAAAGUAGCAACUAAAAUUUCCCAAUAGGGCGGUAGGCUUGCAAAACAUGACGAUGUGGUGUUUGUGCAUUUUGCGACUCCAUUUGGCGGUUUAACUUCCCAAAAACCUAUUAGAAGCCAAAUUGGUCGAGAUCCAUGACAUCCGGCUUUUUUCUUGUUAUUGGCAUCUGUAAAUUGAGAAACACUGUGGAAUAUUGAAACAUUUGUUGGAAUUACCUCAUUUAUUGAAGAUUUCACCAUCACUUUCCACUUUUUCGAGAAACGCAACAAACUGACUGUUUUUCUGCAAAGAUUCAACGUAAAACGUAACUUUUAGAUGAACUUACUCGUUCUCCAUCGAUAAAACACUGACCCGUAGACGAUAUAAUAUGUUACCAGCACUUUUCUAGGCUUUAAGUCACGAAAAUCGUCGAAAAACAAAACAAAACGAAGAAAACAUGUUUGCGCGCCAAAAAACCGUAGCUAAAACGUAUGUGUGUUUUAGCUGAGAAAUCGGUCAGAAACACUGAGCUAAAUUUUUGCUUCGAUUUAGCUGGAGAUGCAAGUUCUUUCUACGGUUCAGCUACGAAAACCCUCAAAAUAUGAUUUAGCUACAUCUGCAACUGCUGAGUACGGUAGCUGCGAAAAGUGUGCAAACACCGCCGCUCUUCAUUUUCGUGGAAGAACAGUAAAUAUUUCGCAGCUUUAAACAUACAAUUUAUCUACAAAACGAGAAAAACACAACAAAAAACGAAAAAAAAACGAAAAAAAAAAUUGAAUGUUGGCCUAAAAAUUUCAAGGAACCUCGGCCAAUGGCCUAGGAUACCAACAAUUGGAUGUUUGCCAAUUAUUUUAGGCCAAUUUUUUUAUUUUUUUUCUAGUUUUUACGCCUAAAAAGCACAUUUUUUAUUGAAAAACUUAUUUUUGUGGCUUGCUUUUGUGAUGAGUAUUUUUACAGAUAGGAAGAAGUCGCACACCAACUGCGAAGACGACAAAAUAGGCAAAAUGAUGGAGAAUUCGAUAAACGUGUGAGUUAUUUUACAAAUUAUGUGGUUUUCAUGAAUUUUCCGAGUGAAAUGUUUUAUGAUUUCUCACUUUUAUCUAGAAUAUAACUGAUUUAAUCUAAGCUUUGAUUGAAAAAUCUAGAAUCUUUCGUUUUUUAGUUAAAUUUUGUAUUUUCACCACACGAAAUGACAAAAUGUGAAUUCCACACUGCACGUGGGUAAAUUCGAACGCUACGUACAAAAAUACACCAACUUUCUGAAUAUACCAACUUUUGAAAUGUGCUUGGAAAAGCAUUCUUCCCGAUUCUUUGUAAAAAAUUUGCACCAUGUACCAUUUUUUUUGCGAAAAUGCAAUUCAAAAGAAAUUUGAUCGACGAAAUGGGGAUGAUGUUUAGCCGGUUUCUAGACUGCUUACAAAAGCCUGUGUCAAUAAGAUUGUAUCAGGUCUUAAGUAAUACGAAAUUUUCCCGGGAUAUCCUAGAAUCGAAAAUUUAUGGUCGAUUCUUCAUUACCAGCUGGAAAUUGAACACUUCUCUAGAAACAAAUAUGUGUACUAUUAUUAGUGGGUCAAGCUUUGCUUGUAUUAUUAGUUUCUAAAUUUCAUUAUAACAGGGUUAUUUAGUUGGAAAAACCACUGUCGAAAUUGUUCAAAACAGAGUCCUAGUUUUCAAAAAUAUCGAAAAUGAAAUUCGAAAGACUACAGAAUUAUAAUGUUUUCGAUUUUUCAGAUUGGAUCAGUGGAACGCCGCAUUCGCCUACACCAACCGCUGGAUUUAAAAUAAUUUUUAUUUACAUUAUUUAUGAAUUGUAUGUUUUUGAAAAGUUCAUUUCGAAUAUUAAAGUGCAUCCCAUCGUUUUCAGCAAGUCUGAAAACAUUUGUAGCAAAAAACGAGAACAUUUUCAGAAAAAAUUUGAUUUUCACGUGAAAAUCACGUGAUUCUGGCUGAAAAUCUGAAAUUCUCAAAAUUUCAGUCAUCCCAUCGUUUUCAGCGUGUCUGAAAACAUUUGUAGCAAAAAACUAGAAAUUUUUGGAAAAAUUUGAUUUUCACAGGAAAAUGACGUGAUUCUGGCUGAAAAUCUGAAAUUCUCAAAAUUUCAGUCAUCCCAUCGUUUUCAGUGUGUCUGAAAACAUCUCUAGCUAGACAUUUUUUGAAAAUUUCGAUUUUCACGUAAAAAUCACGUGAUUCUGAUCUGAAAUUCCUAAAAUUUCAGACUUCCCAUCAAAUUCUGCUUGGUCGAAAAUCUUCCCAGAAAUUAGAAAAAAUCAAAGUUCUUCUUACAUGUAUAAAAUUUUUUCACAUGUAUAAUAAUCAUUCCAUGUAAAGUACCUUCCAUGUGAUAAAUUUUUGUACAUGCAUAGUACUUCCAUGCCAUGUAUUCCAUGCAUACUACUAUUGACCUUAUUUCUCCCGACCUCAAAGUUGUUAAAAUAUUCUAAAACUUCCUUUCAAAAGCAUCCUCGAUUCAAAUGCAAAUCAGUUUAAAAAAUUUCGAACUCUACAAAACUCCCUCCAACUACAACUUCCCUAAUCUAUCAAACCCAAAAAAAGAACUAACCUUUGAAAUUUCGAUCGUUCCUCGAUCAUCUCAUCUCUCAAAAUUGAUGUGUUGCUUCAUGUUUUCCAACAAAACUCAUCUCGAAUAUUUUCAUCCACGACCAAUCUGAAAAAUACUUUCAAUUUAAUGAAACUUUUGGUUGUUUUUUAUUGAUUCAAAACGCUAUUCCAAAAUAUCGGCGUCCCUACGAGAGAGAAGAGACAAAAAGAUAGUGAAAUCGCGCGUGAUCUACAGUGAUUUUUAAAUUAAAAAAAACUUGCGGGACUAGGUUAGGAAAAAAAUAAUAAUUUCGCGGUGUAAUCAUCUCACUAUGUACAAUCUUAGGUCUAUUACCUUCAGAGCUUUCCAAUAUUCACACCUUUCUUUAAGUAAACUCACGAUACAUUUCAAAGAAGCUGAAAUUCAAGCGUUUUGAAAAAUCAGAAAUGAGCAAAAUGAUUAACGUCGAAUUAUUUAAAAUUAAAUCUAGGGCACAAAAGUAGGUCAAGCGGACAGACAGAUCCAUACCACGCCCAGGGUGAGGUAUUUGCCCGGCGCCAAUAAAAAAUUCAGAAGUUCACCUCGCCAAUUUGAGAUUUUCCUGAAAAACAGCAAAUUUUUGCUUGUUUUUCGGUAAAAAAGUCGUAUUUUUCAGUCGAAAAGGUUGUUUUCACCUCGCCAAAAAAAAUUCAAAACCCACACCGCCAAUUUUUAAAGUUAAUUUGCACGAAGCUGGGCGUGGUAUGGACAGAUCUAAGAAAGAUUUUCGAUAAAUUCAUUUUUUUUAAUUUUUGAUGGAAUUUGUUUUUGAGCGAAUAUAACAAUUACGACAAGUUGGUGUAAAAUGAAUUUUUAUCCAACGUUUCGGCAAUUUAUGCCAUCUUCAGGGAGAAUCACCUAGAAAUAAUGAAUGGAGUUUGGAUAAGUAAGAUUAUAAUACAAAAGAAUUCACAAAAAAACCUCAAAAUACCAUGAAAAUCACGAAAAAUACAAAAAGAUGACAAAAUAAAAUAAAAUAAAAUGAAAAUGCCUUGUGUCAAUGUGGAGUGUCGUAGUUUAGGCGGUGUGUUGAUAUUUUGAAUUAUAUUAAAUUAAAUUUGUUUAUUUUUUGUUUUUUGGAAUUUUUGAAAUGUUUUUGAGAUAUUUACGAUACUUAGAUGGUUCCAAGUCAUCUUUUUCUAUUUUUGUUCUAUUAGCUCGAAAACAACUUCCAUCAAAAAUUAAAAAUCAAGAACGAUGUUCAUUUUUCAAUAAAAAAUGUUAUUUAUUCAUCAAGCUUAUCUCUGCUUAUCUUUCAUGCUAAUUCUUGAUCUACCAGGUAAUUUCAUAAAUCAAAUUUCGCAACAUCAAAGUUUUCUCUGCGUAGUUUUUGUUUUUUGCUUGUUUGUUUGUUUCUCUUCUCUAACUGACUCAUUCUCUUUUCAUUUUUCUUGUUUUUUUGGUGUUCAGAAACAGAAAAUAUGAUUUCGAAAUUAACAAGGCAACGUUUCACUGACUUUUGACUCACAAUUUAUUAUUGAUAUGUUUCAAAACUUUUCUCAUUUCAUUUUCAUUUUAUUUCAAUCGGAACACCAUUGGUUUUUGUUUCUCUGGCCACAAUUCAUUCAUUAUUUUUUUCUUUUUCAUUUCUUCAAUUUUUUGCUUGACAUUUUUACUACAAACUCAACAAAUGUUGUGUUUUUGUUGCCCCACGCAAAAAUUUCUCUCUGUUUUAUUUUUGAAAAAAUUGAUUAUUUCAGAUGUCAGACAACGUAAUCGAAAAAGACUACUUCGAUAAUACGGCCAAAAUUUUGGAGUCUCCGAUUUCGGAAGAAGCCAGGAAAUUGGUCCAAGAUGCUGUUGAUACGGCUUCCGGUCAGUUGAAUCAAAACCUUUUUACCGAGAAAAAAUGAUAUUAGUUACCUGAAAGUCUUAUUGCAGAUUUGGCCAAAUCAGCAAAUGAAAACAUUGAUGAAAUCGCGGAUGAAUUGAUUCCAACAUCUCAUCCAGGAAAAGAAGAACAUCCAGCAACAAUUCAAGAUGUUCUUCAUCAUGUUAAAGAUGGUCUCAGCGAUUUUGUUCACGAGAAAAUUCCAGCUGCUGUUGACGAGGUCAAAUCGCAUAUCCCAGACGAUCUUCUCGAUUUCGGAACAUCUUCAUCAGAUGAACCUGAAAUUAUUGAAGCUGUGUCAGCCAACCCACCUUACUUUACCGAAGAUAAUCAGCAACAUUUUGAUGAAAAACCAAAGGGUGAUAUUGCAAAUACUGUCGAAGAUGUUCAUCAUGAAAUUGAUGACUUCCUUCGAGGAGCACACUCUGAUAUUCCAGCUGUUGUUGAUGAACCGCGAUUCGGUAAUCAAACACCGCCAGAUGAGGAAGAUACAUUCGGAAGAACUGGUCCAUUAACAAUUCCUGAAUUACCUGAAGCAGAAUCUGAAACUGCCGCUCAAAUUGGACAUGAUUUUGGAAGUGCUAUUGCUGCAGCAAUGAGAGAAGAAGAUGAAGAUAUUGAAGAGGAACCGUAAGUCACAUAAAAUACAAAAUUGAAAAAAAACAUGUUUUUUUUAGAAAAUUCGAAAGCGUUCCAAGGCCUCCAACUCCACCAAAAGAAAUUUCGGAUGAACCAGUUCAACCAGCCAGUGUCGAUUUAGGACCAGCACCAGUACAUUGUAAGUAAAUUUUCAGGUUGAAAGGAAUGGAUGGGUUUAGGGUUGGAGAAACUUUUGAGCAAAAUGUUUUGUACCAGUCGGGUUUUCAAAAAGGUAUACAAUUCUAAUUUCGAGAUAAUCUACGAAGAAAAACAAAAAAAUUAGAAAUCUGAAAACUUUUUGGAAUAAAAAUAACUGAAGAUGUUUGAAAACAGUUUUCAAGGCGUGAUAUCAAUAGGGAAAGAUCUUCUCGAGAACCAUUUGGGUACGGGGCGAAAGAAACGAAAACAGAAGAAAAAUUUUGAAAAACAAUUUCGCCUCGUUUUCAAGGCGCACACAUAAUGUUUCGAGACCAGUACGAAUACUUGUUUGCGCCUUGAAAAAAGUACGGUAAAAAUAUUUUUUCGUUUUUUUUUCAUUUUUCGGCAAGCCAGCUGUGGAGCUGGCUUGCCGAAAAAUACAGCUCCACUACUUGAAAAACAGGAACCUUUUUUUUGUUCUAGGUUAAUAUUUAUUUUCAUUAUUCUCACAUCAUUUGUUAGUUGUUUUUUUUCAAACUAUCAUAUUUUUCAGCACAUCCUUCUACUCCACAUCACUCGAUUUUGAAACAUGUUGGAUCAGGAGAACCAUGGUUCGACUUCAAAACAAUUGACCCCUCAAGUUAGUUUUUCUUUGUUUUUUUUUCAAUCACAGAAUCGCCAUCCGAAAAUGCAUUUUAGUUCAUUAUUCUAAAACCCCUCUAAGAAGGUAUCAUCCAUCGAUUUUUCUUUUUCCACCCAGCGAGCCACCAAAAAAGACGUAAUUAAUGUGUGCCGCAACUGACACGCCCAAAAUAAUAUAGCUUCGGGUGGUGGGUAAUACAAGAAAAAGCACAAAAUGUAAUUUAUCGAAAAGGCCUUCCCUUUUUCCUUUUUCUCUAUCUCUUCUCAAUGUUUUGCCUCUGGCUCAUCGCCAAAAUAGGGCAGCAUUGUUGUUGUGGUUGUUGUUAUAUUAUGUUGUGUUGGAAAGAUGCCAAAAGAAAAAAGAGAAUAGAAAUAGUGAGGGGUGGACAACGAGGGUGGCUUGGUCACAUGCGCCAAUUUGAGCCAUACACACAUGAAUAUAUGGCACAUGCCAGCCAACCACCCUUUUCUCUGUGCUCUUUUAUUUUGAGUUGUUACUGGCUUCUGCUGCUCUUUCUAUUAUUCUUGGGUGGUUGGUGGUUCUUCACAUUGUCUAACAUUCAUUUUUGUUUUUGUUCCAAAAUUAUUAUUAAUUUCUAUGGAAUUCUCUGGUUUUUUGUUUUAUAAAAAAGAAAUUAUGACUAUAGGUUCUUGUAUGUUUUUUAAUUUUGUUUACUUAUUUAGUUAUUUAUAUAUUUACAUUCAAAUAUUUAUAAUUCAUGCAAAUCCUUCGAGAUUUUUGAAAAAUUUCUAAUUAUUUUGAUAUGUUGUUUUCCAUUUGCACAUUUUCGAUCCUCGAAUUUCCGCUAAUUGACACCUUGCGGUUGUUUAUGACCAGAGAGCACUAUUUCUAAAUUAAAUAUUAAUCCGAAAAUGAGAGCAGGUGCAUGAACUCUAUUAUGAAUAGAAGGUUAAUUGCAAAAAUGUAGCAUUUUUGCUUUCAAAGAAGCUCUUUUGAAUUAAAUUCUCAUUACAAUCGAAAAAGUUUAAAAUUCAAGUCACGAACCAUUUUUUUCGUGUUUUUUUUUUCAACAAGAAAAAUCAAUAAGAUAAAAUGAAAUUCAUGUAUUUUUCACAUGACUUUUGCACUAUAACCAAUUUUUGACAUUUUCCUAGCCGUAAACAUGCAUGUGACCAACGAAGUAAUUAUUAUACUUUCUACCUACCCUCUGGUUUUUCAAUUUUAUAAAUAUAGUUAGUUAUUUAUAUUUUCCUUUUGAAGGUCGGAAAAAUUUUGGGUGGAAAAAAUGUUGCAAAAUUUUUGAGGGAAUGUAUAUAUUCCUUAGGGAGAGUUUAUUGGAUAUAUACUUUGAAAGAUAAGUUAAACUAUGUUUCUUCUUUUCAUUUUGUUUUAGAAUAGUUUUGAAUCUCAAGUAAAAACUUUUUUGAUCUACUAAAUUAUAGGCGCGGAAUAUAAGUAUUUCGAAAUUUUAUUUUUGCAAUCUUUUUUUUUCUCAGGCAGUAGAAAACUCCGGAGGGGAACCAGAAAACGCAAAAACUCCGGAGAUAGGCCAAAGUGGGUACAGAAAAUCGAGAGAGCGCCUGUUUUUUCUAGUUUGGCACGCCUUUCUAGUUUGGUUUUGGCGAUUCUCCGGAGCAAAUCGCUGUCGAUCGAACGCGCUCCAUCGAAUGAUGACAAUGACGAGUCAUUUUUUUCAUUUCAUUUAUUUUUUUAGUUUUUCUAGUUUUUGCUAUUCCUUCAAAAUUGCUCAGUUUUCAGAGUUUCUUUGCCUAAUUUGAUAAUUUUCAGACAAUUGAAAUCGUCUGGAAGCAAUGUGCGUCCUACAAAAUCGUCAUGGAUAAAAGUCAACCUGGACUUGGAAUAAAAUUAGCGAUUUUUGCUCCUGGUGAGUGAAGUGUUUUUAACAAAAGUGAAUACUAGUUUAAUUUAUAGAUUCGAUUGGAUCCCCUCGCGCUAGGAGAAUUCGAAAGCAGAGGCCCGCUCAAUUUUAAUUUCUGGAGGAUCGCCUUGCAAUAUUUCCAAAAUCGUGAAUCACGAGAUGUAUUCUAUUUAUGAGGUGAGUCACGAGAAAGAAAAUCGAUGAACGUUUGUUUUUCAAGUUUUUGAGCUUUGAAAGUUUCCAAAUUUCAAGUUUAUGACCAUUAUAAUUAUCACAUCCUAUCUCAAAAAGUCGUUCACAGUUUCAGAGUGAGAAAUUACGAUUAAUAAUACUCAUGGGGAAUCAUCCUUAUAAAUCUAUUAUCCUUUUUCAAUUUUCAGCAUGAAAUGCGCUUAUGGAGUCUUCACACAGUGCUGCAUCUCUCCUCGUCGGCUCAAAAUGAGAAGAAACAGAAGUUCUUGUCAAAAAAUUGCCGAAGUCAACACCCAAUCUUCAUUGGAAUGCCAAAGGAAUCUUUUGAUGCUUAUAUUCUACUCGUUUGGAGAUUGAAACAAUCAGAAAAUAACUAAUUUUUCCUGUUUGUUGAAAAUAAAUAUUGAUUUUCGAGAGUGAAAGACUAGAAUGUAUUCGAAAAAAGCAGGCGACAAAAACGAAAAAACUCUGGAGAAUCGACAAAAAAGUUCCGGAGAAUCGCCAAUGCGUACCGAGAAAAGAUCCGGAACCGGGUUUGGAGCCUUUUUAGCGACAUUCUCGUUCCAUUUUGGCGAAACUCCGGAGUUUUCUACUGCCUGAGUUGUUCACUCGUCCUUUUCAAAACUUGUUAGUCAUCAUUUUUUUGUUUUCUAGAAAAAAGUCAAAUUUUCUCAAAUCGUUUCUUGUAAAAUGAGUAAAGUUGGUGCAGUCGGACGUGGCAUUUAUGCCUUGGUGGCUUUUUUGGUGAACACGUCAUUUCGUGUUGGAUUGAAUGUGUCUUUGUUGGUGUCGGUUUCGAUGACACUUUACGCAGCCGCCCAAUUUUCGAAACAAGCGAUUGCGCAAAGAAAAGAGAGUGAGUUUAUUAGAAAAAUGAGAGACGCAGAUAUUGAAACUCUUGAAAUUUUCAUGUAUUUACUCUUUUUUUUUCUUUUGAAACAUCUAGGUAAAUAGAUCAUUCUGUAAAAAUAUGUGUAGAAAAGUUGGUGAGUUUUUUUGAGUUUGAAUUUGCAUUGUCAGAUUUGUGGAAAAUUUACAGCUCCUCUUAAGGAAUAUAAACAGAUUUUAAAAAAAAAUAGUAGACCGUUUUGAACUUCUUCAUCAAGCAAAAAAAUCUAUAUUUCAAAAAAGGUAAUUUUUCAAAAUUUUUCUCAUAUAAUAAUGGACUAAAAAGGUCCGAUUUUUUGGUUCGAUUCGAAAUUUGUCACCUUUUUAGUCUCUAUUUUAACAAAUAGAUAUGGCUGAUUAUGUUUUAAUAAAAGUAGUUGUUUAACAUAUCUUUUUUGGGAAAUCAAUUGAUUCUCAAAAAGAUCUAAUAAAAAUAAAUGGGGUCAAUCUAAACAGGAGGAAGUAUCUGAGUAGUAAAUAGUAUUUAUAUAUCUAUGCAUCUUUUAUAUAAAUCUCUGAUUCUCUCCAAAUUCACCGCAAUCAUGAUCAAUGUCUCGUCCGCGUCACAAAAAACUGCAAACUCAACAAAAUAUCGUUGUUUUUUUGGAGACGCUGACACAAUUUGUGAUGAAAUAGUUUGUAAGAAGGAGAGACGGAGAGCAAAAAAGGCGGAGAAAAGGCCACGAAUACAGAAAAGAACCGUGUUUGUGUUCGUUUUUGUCUUGGUGGCUUAUAUAUUUGAUCAUUUUAUUCUGAUUUUUGUGGCAAAAUGGCUCAAGCUAAUAGAUAUAGAAAUAACAAUAACAAUAAUGCUAAAAAGGCUGUCUAUGUUCCAGCCACUGAUUUUGUUGGAAGAGGUAAGAUUUACUUUUUGAGAAGCUUUUUCUGAAUUCAUAGUACAUUUGCUUUCUGAAACUUUGAAAAUUUCAAACCCAAAAAAUACUAACAGGUGUCUUUUCUUCUCUUGUUUUUUUCCUCCAAAACUCAACAUAAUAAUAAAAACACACUCAAUUCUUUGUGUUGUUCUUAUUUUAUUAUAUUUGCUAUGGGUAUUAUUAUUUUGAAAAAUGCAUUUUCGGAUGGUAUUGUUCCUUUUUUGGAGGGAAGAUUUGAAUUAGGAUUUUUAUAAUGGCUGAAUAUAUUUUUUAUUAGGAUGUCGAAAUUUAUUAACAAAAUUGAUUAGUUUUACAAGAGAAUUGUUUCAACUUUCAAUCGGAAUUUUAAAGUUUCAAAAUUUGCCACUUCAUAGCUUACAGUCAUUAUCCUUGUUUUUUUUUUUUGAAGGUUCCAAAAUGACCUGUCAGCUGAAUGUCUUUCUGUCUUUAUAUCAUAAAAAAUAGUGAUAAGAAUAGCUCUUAUCGGAGACCAAAAAAUAAUGCGAGAGUUCAAAUAAAUAAUGACCCCCUUCCUCCAAAUAAAUAAUUAUUUUCAGUUCUCGAUUUGAUUUACUGGCGUGAUCCAAAGAAGUCGGCAAUCGCCCUUUCAUUAUCACUUUUGGCUCUUUUCGUUUUGGCUCGUUAUCCACUUUUGUCUGUUAUUGCUUAUACUGGAUUGGCUCUUUUGGCUGCAACACUCGGAUUCCGUGUCUUCAAAACUGUUGAGGCUCAAAUCAAGAAAACUGGCGGAGAAAAUCCAUUCCAGUGAGUUGCUUUUUCAAACUAUAGAACUUAUCGGUCUUCCGACUUUUAAAAAACCCGAACACAAAUAUUUUGUUUCAGAGAGAUUUUGGCUCAAGAUUUGGCACUUCCACAAGAAAAAGUUCAUGCUCAAGUUGAUGUUCUCGUCGAACACGGAACCCUUUUGGCCAACAAACUCAAAAAAUUGGUUUUUGUUGAAAGCAUCUUGGAUUCGGCUAAAUUCGGACUUCUUUUGUGGUCUUUGACAUACAUUGCUUCAUGGUUCUCUGGAUUCACAUUGAUCUUCUUGACUGUUGCUGGAAUCUUCUCAAUUCCAAAACUCUACGAAACAUACCAAGAACCAAUUGAUGCUCAUUUGGCUGUUUUGAAUGGACAUAUUCAAAAUGUUCAAAACUUGUAAGUUCUUCUAUUUUUUAUUUAUUUAUAUGGUCAACAAAUAUUUUUUCUAGGCUCGAAGAGAAACUUCCAUUCCUCCGUCGCCCAGUUGCCACCGAAGAGAAGAAAGAUCAAUAA